CGUGCUGAACUCCUGCAGGUCACUAUACUCUCGCGCUCCACUCCUCUUCUCUGUUUCCAGCAAAGCGCUGCGUCUCCAUCAGCUGUUCUCCCCGCAUGCACCUCCACCACCACCACUACCAGCAGCAGCAGCGGCGGUACAGGACCAAAGGAAGCUGUGAACACUUUUACGCACCCGAUCUGAUUAGUCCAUGUAGUUUUCCCGCUCGAUCUCCGUCAAAGAAGACAUGAAGAUGAGGUAGGAAACUUUUUCAUCAACUUUUUCGCAGCUUUAAAGCGAUGAAGGAGUGACUGUGACUGCUUUCUAUCUCUGCAGGUGUUCCUCAUGGCUGGAGCGCCUUCUCUGCUGCCUCCUGUUUCUGGUCAGCCCGGCUGCAGCGCAAUGGCCAGGUAAGAGAGACUUUAUCAGAAAGAGUAGAAAGCGUGAGAAAAGUUCCAGUUGUGAUUUUUGCUGAACAUUUUCAAGCUCUUAUUUUAUCUAAACUUGUCAGGUUAGAAGCCCUGGUGUAUUCAUAUUUUAGUAAAACAAGUAAAGUCUCCUUCAAAAUAAAAGUUUAUCUCAGGAGAAACUCUUUCAAGACAGCUGUUGAUCAUAAAGUUGGCACACUGUAACUUCAGUGUUUCUCACUCUUUCACAUAUAUCACAUAGUAUGAUAUGCUACAAACCCUGGAUGACACAUUAAUUUGAUUUAUUAUCACAACAUGGCAGUUUGUCCGUCCUGACAAGGCCUGGAGUGACUCUGGGACUGUUUACAAGUUUUUUCCUCAAGUCCAAAGUCUGCAUCGCUCUGAAACCUGCAUUCUUCGUCUUUGUUUGUCCUGAGUCUUGCUUGAUGUCUGACCACCAGAGACUGUAGCUUGCAGGGCUGCAGCUGAAGAUGCUUCCCCCCCUACUGCCAUCUUUUGUACUGAUCUGUUUGCAUAAUACUGUCGGCACCAGUAGACAUCCUCACUUGAUCUUUCCAGCUGUUGACAUGUCAGUAUGAGUGAUCAAAGAGGUGACGACAAAAGGGCGAUUUCUUUUAUGCACUCGCUGUUUUGUGUGCAUAAACUAUGAAUGAAAGACCUCUGUUCUUCUGCUGCUGCUGAAUAAUUCAUCUCUGAAACUCACUUAUGUUCUUCGUUUAAUCAAGUAAACGGUCUCCUGGAGAACUGAGUCGCUGUCAGUUGAUAUGUAGAGAAAAAUGAGAGGGCAUUGAUUAAUAUUUGAUUGAUUGUGGUCACUUACAGCCGGAUAGAUGGGGCUUUGAGAAGACAUGCCAAGUUGAACCCGUCCUUGUCCCUCACUCAGUUUUCUGUGGGAAUUAACCAAAUCCUUUUUUCAGUUUGCAAGUAACUUUAAAUAAUGUGACACUCUCUCAGGAAUGCUGUCCUGUCGUUGUGUGAGUCCAGGUUGAAAGGGCCAGUCACUCCGUCUCAAGAGCGCUGCCUUUGGCCGCCUGCGACAUGCUUGAAUUAGGUCUGAUUCAUUCCCAGUCCCUGGCUGGGUCAGGAAUCCCUAUUGUCAUGUGAUCUUUGACAUGCACCCAGCGUGGUUUUUCCCUGAGGGGGAGCUGGACUAGGCGGGGGGAAGGGGAACGGCUGUAUGGGGACACCCCGCUGUGCCUUUUAAUGGUUGAAUUAGAUGCCGCAUUAAAAACCACAGCUGGUUUGGGGUUUCCUCCUCUUUGGUGCAGGGACAUGAUGAUGGGCAUUCAACCUGCUGGAAUAGAAAACUGAAUAUUUAAUAAACCCUUACAUUACUGUAUUAACUUCAGAAUGAUUACAAAUUACUAAGAUUUAGUCAGUUUUGCCAAGCUCCUGUUGGCAAUGCUCAUAUUUGUAAUGAUACAUGAUGGAAAAGCAGGAGUUAGAGCACCGUUUGACAAACAUGUGUUGACACGCCGAGUGUAAUUUAAGCAUCAGCAGGAAAACAUCUGCUUCCACACCUCAGAUGUGUCCUAAAGAUGAAGGUUGAAACUUUCCCGUUUUUAAGGUUUUUGUCUUUUUGACUGUAAGAGUUUGGCUGCUUUCUUUCUUUCCUUUCUCUGCUUGUGUUGCUAAAAUUGGUCUUUAAAUAUGCAAAAAUAGCUGCUUUGACAGAACGGUAAAAUGACAAUGUAUUUAAAGGCAUGAUUAUAGAGAAAUAGUUGUUUUAUUCUGUUGUACCAUGGCUUUAUAAGUCUUCUAGUCAUUUUCUUAUUUGCUGAAGGUCCUCGGCUGAGUUCAAAGCUGACACACUGCGAUGACGUACACAUUAUGUGCUUUGGCCCACUUUGCCGACAGGAUGCUCUACCUGUGCCUUAUUAAUUUUUCGUGGUAGACCAGGUGGUUGCCAAUGAAUAGCCUCUAUGACACACUUUAUAUAAUAACCACACAGCAGCGCAGUCAGGUCUAUACUGUACGUGAGCUCUGUCAACACAGGGGGACAAGCUGCAUGAUAAGUGAAGAAUAAGGACUAUGCUUUCAAACUGUAGUGUUUAGUGUCAAGCUUCAGAACAGGUUGGUAUUGAUACAUAAAGAGUAAAAAUGAUUUGACUUUUAUGAAGGUAUAAAUCAUCAAACAGCUGUUUUUUUGUGCUAACGGCACCCCAAUCUCAAUUUCAGAGCGCUUUUCACACCGCCUCAUUUUGAUAGGUUAGAAAAAUUCAUUCUGCUGCACUUCUGCUUCCCUUAGUAGGAUUCAAAGAACUUUAUUUUUCAUACUCCAUACCUUUGACAGUCAGGGGUAAGAUAUAGAUAUAUAUAUGUAAGAUAUAUAUUUCCAAGCCAAGAAUAAAAUAUUAUACAAUAACAAAGAGCAUAAUGUAAACGAAUUUAAGUAAGACUGAAAUUAGCUCUGUUGCACUAAAAUUUCUGAAAACAGUUUUACAGAGCUCUGUACACUUUUUAUUCGAGUUUAACCACUGGAAUUUUUACAAAGAAAACCUAAAAACAAUUGAUAGAAAUAGUGAUCGAUUUAUAAGUCAUCCUAAGCCUCAAAAAGAUGUAUUUGUUCAGUUUCUCCACCAGCCGUUGUUGUUAGCAAAAGGAUAUCAAAAGUUUGGCCCCUUCAACAAGUCACCUGGACAAGAGCAGGCAUGUUCCAAAAGUUGGACUGUUUUCCGCUGAUACAGCUGACAUUGAGGGCAUUGUUGUACUGAAGAUGCAGAGAGCUGAAAAUGCCCAAGUAUGUUUGUUUUAAAUAGCAAAUAAGCACUACCAAUACAAAAAAGGGGCAUCAGUGUGUGUUAAAUGAAAAAUCCCAGAAGCACGGACCUUUCCAAAUAGUUUACAACAUGGAUAACUACAGGCAUAAACUCUGGACUUCGGAAAGCUGAUUUUUUUUUUUUUCUGCAGUGACUGCCCGGUAGAUUGGUCCCUCUGUUAGGAUCAUUGUAACGCUCAAAUGAAACAAAUGGACCGACUGUGCACAAAUUCUGUUGACUCAGUGAACCUUGUGAUGUCUAAUCCCUGGAUUUUCUAGUCAGUAAAUCUACUUAUUUGCUAUAGACAUCCCUGGAGGUGCCUCAUAUCAAGCCUCAAAAGUUCAAUCUAGCAUGUUUGGCAUUCAGAUGUCAUUAGAGUUCUGCUAAAGGGGAUGACUGUUUAUAUCCCAGAGUGGAGAUGGCUUUGGGUCUGGUUUAAAGUAUUGGAUUACAUGCGUGAGGUCGUGGGUGGGGGUCAUUCAGAAUGUCAAGUGGGUGUUUGAACCUCCCUGUCUGGCAGCUUUUUCUCUGUGUUUUUAAGAAUUUGACACCAUUGUCACUCCAUUAAUGCCUGUACACUGUCACCCGUGCGUGUAAUUCAGCUGAUUUUUGUCCGUCUGUCAUUGAGGUACCUGCCGUUUGCUAAUAACCGGAACCGAAAGCUUGUAUGCAGCAAUGGACCGACCACUUUUAAGAAACCUUCCUGAUGUAAAAACACUCCAGACUCGGUGUGUACCUCCUCUGUCACAACAAAGUUUAUGGGGUCAUUCAUGCCCGACUGUCAAAACUCAUAGGGGACCACACAGACCAGCGACAGAGAAGUGUCUUUUAUGAGGAACACACUCACCAGGGAGACCGAAGAGGAAAUCUCCAUAAGGUGUAGUUUACUUAAACGUGGACGUGUUUUUGCUAGAAAACCACAGUGGUCACAUCCUGCUUUGAUUAGGUAAAUGGAACCAUCUGGAUCUCGUAGUUACUCUGAUGAGUUGUUUAUCUGUUCUGGACAUUGAGGACAUGGCCCAGUUUUACAGUCAGUCCAGUAUCACCAGGAACUCUGUUUAGAUCAGAGAGUAUAAACAGGUUGUAAAUUUGGAUUCUACCAAAUGGUACAACUUGAGAACAACCGCAUUCCCGGCUCAGCACCUGUGGUAACCUUUUAGCAUUUUUGAUUUUGACCACGGACAAAGAACUUGAAUAUUCUGGCACCAAAUCAGAUUGAAGUGGAGCAUCCUGGAAGUGUUAGGGGGCGCUCACAACAAGCGCAAGUAAAAUCAUCUACUCGCUUAAUUCGCGUGAAUGGAUAGUAUUUUCACGCAUCAAUGGUAUUUUUAAUGGUAAUCCCUGACAAUUCAACUAGCAGGAUCAAGUGAUAUACAAAGGUUAUCAGACCUCCUCACUCACUUGCCUCCAGGUGAACACCUUUUUAUUCCGAUUUCUGUAAUUGAAAGAAAAGGUAUCAUAUGAUUCAGGGCACCCACACACCGACACGAUCAGUUUGUCCUCCAUUCUAGAUACCAGUGACCAACCGUCUGUUUGCAUAUGUACCUGGCAACCUUCGUGCUGAUUAGGUAUCGCGACAGGAAUAUCCGCUCAAGCUGAGACAUUUUCAGCUCCCGCCAAAUUCACGUCAUUCACGCCGCCAGAGUAGUAGGAGCGUCUACUCGUGUCUUUGCAUUGACUCAACAUGUAAUUCAUUCGCGCAAAUGAUUUUUUUUAAUGAAACUUAAAGAGACCAAUUUUUUUAAUGAUGCUAAACUCAGGAUAUCUUCAAGCAACUACUUUCCCAACACUGCACUGUCGGGCAUCCCAUUAUGUUUCGAGUCAAAGUAGUGAUGCGAAAAAAUCACAGAAUGCAGCGACCAUUUCACAAACUUCAGUAAAUGUUGGCAGAUGGCUCAGAUUUACCGAAAUCACAAACAGGAAACUGACUGUCAUUAAACUGUGACAUGAGACGGAAAUCCAAAGUUGAUCAUGUAAACCUCACAGAUUUAUAAGCAGCGCUUUAACACGGCUUUGCUAAGAAUUUGUCCUGGAUUUGCAAGGCCCUAUCAUCUUCUUUUUUCAGGGCAGAGCACUCUUUUUGAAUGUGGCAGACAGCUGUUAUUAGUAUUUUUAUGUGCUCCCACCACUCAAGUGUUUCAGGUGCGCGCGGCUCCCCUCUCAUGUCGUCCCUGAUGUCAAAAUGCUGGUUUGACAGUGGCAAAAUACAGAGGGACACCAUAAUUACUGCCUCUGUUCCAAGAGAAGAGGAUUUGUAGGGCCACUUGCUCUGAACACCCAACCAUCUCCAGCACUAAUGGCACACUGAGUGCCCUCUUACCUCUCAGCACCUCUUUCCUGUUUGUGGCCAAACCUUUACUUAUUUGCUUGUCUUUCCCAGCCGUAAUCGAGGUAACAGCUAGUGGAAGGUGUGAAGCCCGGCUCUUGCAAAUAACAGGACUCUGGUUUUUAAAGAUUUGAACAUAGAGCAAGAUGGAAAAGCUUAAGUGUUACUUUGACUUUCAAAAGUAAAACCGACCUAUUUCCACCUCUGUAAUCUUAGUUUGUCAUAUUUUAAGACAUCUCUGAAGUGAAUUUGAAGAUUUCUUUUGACACUUUACGUUUGUUUGGCGCACAGAUAGACCGUAGCAUGUUUGACAAAGAUACCAAUCUGAUUGAACCAACAAUGAAACCUGCGAUCGGUGAACACAGCCCGAGUUGUUAUAGACUUGUCAACCACCCAGACUUCCCAGGUAAAAGGGGCUUUUAGCCUCUUUAAAGACCAUUACAUCUCAGGCCAGGCUCACUUCUUUUCUUUGUGGUGGGUUUGUCAGCGCUGGAGGCCGCAGCCUGGGUGAACAGCGGUCUCCAUGGCCACCAGGUGCAGAUUUUUCCACCACAAAGCCGCAUUUGGCUGUAGCAAAAGAAACUGGAUCUGUCUACCUGGCACUUUGUCCCCAGUCUCCAGCUUUAGGGAGUGUUUGCUUGUCCUCACUGACAGCCCGCUGAACACAGGGAGGCAUGAAACCAGAGACCCCCACCCUCCUCCUCCGCCCAUUUACAUUCUCUUGUCCUCAGAAAUCUAUACCAUAAGCUUUUCACCCUGUAUGAGCGGGGGACUGAUCCAGAGUGACCAGGACUAUUUAGCCCACUUCAUGUCUGCUGCUAUAACGUGAUCCUCUUAAGUUAUUUUGAAGGUGCUUUGCAGAUUCAGACCUGCAAUAAGCAUAUUUUAACUGUCAGAUGUGACAGGCAGCAGCUACCACCCAAUGCGUUUUUUUAAUGAAUGAAUAGACCAUUCAGAAUUUCAUGAGGCCCCUCUCGGGAAUGCCAUUGUGCUUCUGGACCCUCACUUUGUCGUUAUAUCCCUCUUCUUCUUCUUUUUUUUUUUGCUCUCCACAUCUUCUUAUCUUCUGAUUGACUCUCCUGAUGUGCAGACUGCUUUUCAAGGCAUCCUUGAAUUCCACUCAUUCACCCGUCCUUCAAAAGCUGCCAUGUCUGUAGGCACUUCUCUCUCUCUCUCUCUCUUUUUUUUUACCCCCUCACAAAUCUCACACCAUGGGGGUGUGAAAUGAGGGGAAUCCCAUGGGACGGAGAGAUUACCAUCAAACCAAGAGCUCUUGUGACAAAAGGGGGAUUUGCUGAGUCCUGCACUUCUGUCGUCCGUUUUCGUAAGGUCUUGCCGGAAGUAGGUCCUUGGCUGUGGUAUGUGGUUUGAUGACAUGGCUGGUCUUCACUGUAUCUGGUAUAAACUGAGAGGUGAACUUUCCAGGUUCACUCAGUAUUGGAAGUAACCUCAAGUCGUGGACUAAAAUAAGAUGAAGAGCUUUCUUGACAUCUUCAAGCAGUUUGACUUAUUUGCCCUUAAAAGUUCUUCUAGAUACAAACUCUAAUGUGAAUGUGAAUAUACUCCUUUAUCCCACAUAGUGUAAGGAGAAAGACGUGAUUUUUCAUGCCAGGCCUCAAGCAAAAUAUCUGCAACAAGUCAGAGUUAGCUGAUGUGUGAAAGCAGUUUUAGUAUUCGAGGAUAUCCAUUGCAGGUGAUGGGUUGUACGGGUGAUAUCCUGAAUAUCAUGCAACCUUGAAAAGUCCUCAUGUGUAGUUCCAGAGCUGGGUGGACCUUCGAUGCAGAAGUAUUUAUCAGACUUCACACAGAUGCUUUAGUCAUAUCCUGCUUCUCAAGAUGCGUCUCCUGCCCUGCCAUUCACCUUCCCCCCCCAAUCUGACAGGGAAGACUUCAUGCUUUAAAGGACGUGUGUGAACAAGAAACAACAGCAGAGCUUCUAAAAACUUCCAGGGGUGAGAAAACACCUGAAUAACUCAGCUGGUAAAAACAGGGAAGAGUCGAGUAGAUCGUAUCCAUCUGCAGCAGCUACACAUGUGGACUACGCUACACGUGCACCCUCUUAAUGCUUUUAUAAAUGAGGCAAUCUGAAACUCUUUCGUGCAACAACUUCGGAUAACUCACAUCCAAACUGUAAUGAGAAACUAGGCGGCUGUUUACGUUGAAACCUAUUCAAUGGAAAUCAUUAAACUUUUGUUGUAUUUUGGCUGUUCUUUUACGUGGAAACGGCGUAUUUCGCAGCUGAAAAAGCAAACUUUUGACCAUGCCACCUCUUUCUUCUCUGUAUAAACUGUGAAAAAGGGAAAUUCACUUCUCUGUUUUUACACAAGCACUUCAUUUCCAGAUGAAUAAUGUGCACUCACGGCUCUGUUGAAGAACACAUUCAUGCACAAGCGCUUCACGACAAAGUAGAUUGUGUAUGGAGGCCGAUUUCAAGUGUUUAUGUUAAAUACAAAUAUGAAAACUUCUGAAAUAGUAAGAAGGAUAUUUACCACUUGAAUCUCAGAGGGAUUAUCUGGAUGUCAAAGUACAAGCACCUCUGAAAAGUGCCUCAAAAAGCACUCGAGUGAAUCUACAUUCCACUCCGCAGAAUCCACCGGGGUAAUGUGGAUUUUCACAAAGCGAAUGCCGCGGUUUCUUAUAAGUUGAAAGCUGCUAAUUGUUGUGUGAAUCAUGAGCUCUCAGACAAUAAAGGGUGCCCUCUAUUCACUGGCUGGUUGUUAUGGGCCAGGUGGCACAGUGCCAUCCAUUGAGAAGUUUAGAGAGGAGGAACAUAGGCCAACCAAGGGGACGUUAAAUAUUUAGAGGUCUGGUGAAAGAUUUGCGGGGCCGUUCGUCUGCGGUUACUGUGGCUUUAUCAGACAGGAGAUGGACUCAAAGGUCUGAAGUCGCAUUCCUCCUCCUGUGGCCACUUGACUUUCUAAAACAUCCUGUGAAACCAAGUUAGUGCCAUGUCCAGCAGAACCCUGUGGUUUCACAAGCCCAGUUUACAACCCUGGUAAUAGACUUGGCUGCGUUAAGUUUUUGUAACUCUGAGUUUCCUGUCUUGAAUGUGUCUACCCAAGUUAGGAGUUGAAUAGGGGGUAAGAAUGCAGAGGGAUUACUGGAGAUACUGUGAAAUACUCAAAAUGCCAGGCUCUUUUCACAGCUACAAUGUAGAUGUUGGAGGUGGUGCACUUGCAGAAAGCAAAGGAUGCAUGUCCCAAUAUGUGUUGGCUUAUUAUAAUACAUGGACUUGGUUUUAGUGACAUCACUCAUUGGUGUUUGAAGUGGAGUUUUGAGGGUCAAAUAUUGGCAGGUGCAAUGCUGGAUCUUUCAGGAGGCAAAGACGUAGAGUUUAGGCGGGUUUUCAGCCUCCUUGCAAACAUCUCCAACAUUUACAAUCUAAUGCAAGUCUGAUGUACCUCUGAUUAUGCAUAUCUUGUAAUCUUAUUACCUUCAUAACAACUUAGAUACAAAUAAAGAUCACCUGUGUGUAUUGAGAACCAUCAGAGAAAUAGGUUAUUCAGACCAGUGCAGUUUUUUGUACCAGGCUUUUAGCAUAUUUAGUUUUGCAGUAUUAUAGCUUCAUACAGGUGAUAACUUCAACAGCAGUUAAGAGGACAGAUUAUUUUACUGUAUCAAUACUGCACCACUAACGACUAUCUUAAUAGUCGAUGAGUCACCGACUAUUGAGAUGAUUUGUUGACUAAUCAGAUAAUUACGUGCCUUCUCCUCAAAUGUUCCUGCAUCACUAACGUGCUGCCAUGAUACACAAAGCUGCUUUGCAAACAAGUUUUUUUUUUUUUCUCGCCUUAUCUCGGAUUAAGUGCUCCCAAACUUUGGAGGUUUUUAAGCGUGUACUUGUAGCUGCUGUAUGGGAUGCCAGCGCCGCCAUGGUUGAGUACCCUACCACUCGGCGGAGACGCUACUGCGCAUGUGUGACUCUAGGCAGAGAUCGUGAUGAAGUAAGAUGCCUCACUCCUCUGGAAAAAAAACACAUCUGGUGACAAUAGUCGACAAUGGGAUUCAUUGUCGACUUUUUUCAUUAUCGAUUUUUGAUGACUUAUCGUUGCAGCCCUACAUUAUAGUUAAAUAAAGUGGCAGCCGUUCAGUUAACCCUGUAUUUUCAACAGAUUGACGGGAUUCCUUUUUAUUUAUUUUCAUUUUACGUCACUUAAGCAGUUAGAAAUGUGACCUACACUCAAUAAUACACUCACUAAAUUGUGGCAUUGCUGCUUUUCUUUGUUUCUUUUCUCACUCUGCAGGUUGUGUAGACCUUUUGUUACACAUAAAAGUUACAUGAAGCUCGUUGGAAGCAUUACACUGUGCUGUAAUUAACUCUGCGUGUUGGAUUGCUGCCUGCACUGUUACUGAACAUUUUCCUCAUUGAAAAAACUUGAAUUUAAAGUCAUUGGCCUCCCUUAAUGAGUUCCUAUUUGCAAUAAAACACAGAUACACAAUGCACAAGCUCCUGAACUAAACAGAGGCCUGGACUUGGUUAGAAAUAGCUGAUAAAGCUGUACCUGGCAGUCCACUGUGGGCUUUAAAUGUCAGGACACUUAAACAAGCACAUGCUAGCCCUGGGCCUCGGUGGGGUUUUUGUGCUUGUUUUCACUCAGUCUCUUGUUUCCUCCUUUCUUCUUUCUCUCUCUGUGAAACUUUAUGCGGUAUCAGGUCUGCAAAGCAUCAGGCGAAAUGUCAGUUUCCUGAUUUUUUUUGCUUACUGUCCUUUAGAUCAUUGAAAGAGAUUUUAUGAGGGAAAUAAAUUCUGUAACUUCAGUUUAUGUUUUUAUCUUUAUUUGCUCAUAAAAUUCAUAGUUUCCUGCUGCUUCUCUUUGUAGCUGGCAGAUAUAUUUCUGCGGCACCUCUGGACAGGUUGAGGUUUGUUCAUAAAACAAUUUGUUAUUUCCUAAAUCCGACAUUAAUUUGAGCUGAAUAUUUUCCAUCUGGUUCACAAAGUUCACCAGUUUUAGAUCAGGUUGGCGCUCCAGCCAACCAAAGCUCCAUCACGUGGAUUAUAACAUGCCUUUGCUUGGCUUAAGCUGAACCAGAGGAAGAGCAUGACCUGUGGGCUUUUUGUGCUAAAGUGCCCAGCGGGGGGAACAAUGAACGCUGGCACCCUGGACCCUAGUCUGGCCUGGACUAAUUGAGGGCCCUGAUAUUGUCUUGUCGAUGAAAGCCCUCUUUGUCCCACUUAUUCCUCGUCAUCUACUGUAUCCCCCCCGGGCCUCUGAUAUAGCCAUAGGCAUAACGUCAUUCCCCCGCAGCCAUUGUCUGCGUUCAUUACAGGGGAUUAAAGUGUCAGAUGAAGGUGAAGUACGAGCUCGCCGACAGUGUUCACUGAGGGCUUUAUGAAGGUGUUUUGGCUCCUAAGCUAAAAGUUUGUGCCCUUGUCAACACCCCAGACAUGAGACUUUGCCUUUUGAUGACUGGAGGCCAUCAUUUAAAUAAGGGUCACAAUCUCUGAUAUGACAGAUUGGAACUAGACGGGAUUGGCAGAUUAACUCACCCCAGGACUCUAGAGAAAGGUGCCAAACUGUGAGGCGCUUUCUCCUUCAAUCUGUAUUUGGACCAACUCUUAAAUUCGCUCAUUAGCAUUUUUCCAGCGCAGGAUGAUUAAGUGGAGGAGUUCACGUCUACCUCUUUCAUGUCUCUGCGGCGGCAUUUUCCUCAAUGUGGAAUUCGUAUCACUCUCCUGCAGAUGUCAAGGGUUUGGACCCGUGAUUCCCUCGAAUGCAGGGAGGAAGCUUUGUGACAAAAGAGAAGUGUUGUACCCCCUUCAUGGCUGGAUUUACUGUCAAAGUGUUGAUCUGCAUUGACACGUUCUUGAAGUGCUGCGCAAAACUGAAACUCAACACUUGAGUGAGGCCUCAUCGUGUGUUUCAAAGAACACGAUAAAGGACUGAGAGACCGACCAACAGACUGACAAUCUGCCUCUACCUGCACAAAUGAAAUCUGCAUGCACAUUCUUUCCACAUGAAGCCCACAUCCUCGCCGGAGGAUUUUGUUUACUUAUCCAUUCAGGAGCGACAACGGGAAUUGUUGGAAAUCAUUCUUGGCUCAUGCCAUCGACUGCUGAGAGGUUGUGCAUAUGCGUUUGCACUUUUGCCAGCAUUUUUAGCUGCUUGCUAAAUUCAGACCUGUGGAGGCAGGUCGACUUUUGAGGAACUUGAGGAUAUGAUGCACCACAGAAAGAAAGAAAGAAAGAAAGAAAGAAAGAAAGAAAGAAAGAAAUUAGUCUUCCAAAAGUUGAAUCAUAUAGCUAAGGUUUUAAAGUUUUUCAAAGAUUUACACAUUAACCCAGAUUGCAUAAAUAACUGCGUUUGAUAGACUGCAAGUAGAGGAAGCUUGAGUUUAUAUCACAGAGGAAAAAAGGAGGUUCAAUUCUGGGAAUGAAAGCAUCAAAGGAGGCUGCCCAGAAAUGAUCGAUUAAUUUGGUCGUGACGGCGCUGAUGCGUCCUACAGCUGCCCUCAUUUCUUUUUCCUGUCAUUAAAUCAAAUACAGGCAUGUUUCGGUCUGUCACCAUCCAUCAGAGACAGUAAAAUAAACACAAACAUCCGUACUUUUGAGUCACCAUUGCUAAUUUCCCCAGAGAAAUUGUGACAAAUGUUCAUCAAUAACCUUUUUUGAGAACUAAAACUUCAUCAUUAAUACUCAAAACUCUUGAUAAAUGUGUGUAUUGUUUUCCAGGACAAGAUGAUAACUCUUCAGUGUUAGUGAUGGACUGUCAAACUUCCUCGGUCCAUGAUAUUUUCCCACACUGUGGGUCCAAACUGUUGCUCAAAGUACAAAGAAUCCAAAUCUGAAACAGGCUGCGUGAAUAGCUGAUGGGUGAAGUGUGAAUUUUGUCACUUAUCAGCAACACUUGUUGCUUCGGUCUCUGCCUUUGUGUAUCUUUCUCACUUUUAUUGUUUGAAUCUCUGGACAGGCACAGUCAGGGCCAGUCGAUGAAGUGCAGUACACCACAUCUGUGAGCUCAGGACUUAAAUGUGAAGUGAACGAAAUCAAACAUACCCAAAGUGAGGAUUAUUCCUUUAUGCUUCCACUCUUAUCUGUGUGUAUCGACCUUUCUUUGUCUUCGUGAAACAGCAGGUGCAGAAAAGAGAGUCAAUGUUGUAGAUUUGAACUUUUUGCGAGUUAUGUGUAAAUCUUUAUCUGAAAUCAAAAGUAUCACUUCUUCGGAGUGUACAGCGUUGCAAACAGCUUUGAAUACAGAUAAAGGAGAGUUUAGAUAUUGGUGCAGUUUCUGAAAACCAGAUGUCUUCUACUCAGAUCUCACUGUGUUUUCUGUAGUUCAUCGAUUUUCACAUGAAAUCACUCUGCUUUCAGUGAUAUUGGAGAUAAGUCAUCGUUUUUGAAGCCAAAGCCGUCCAGGUCUUCAUCAGACACUGACGAAUCCUUGCGCAAGAUAAAACAAAACCUUUUUGGAAGUUGCUGGAGUAAUCGGUCUGUGCACAUGCCUCGACGUGCUCGUUACAAUUUGUAGCUAAUUACCCAGCCUUUUUUUCCGAAGUGUUUGAUCUUUGAAUCCUUGUCUUUGGUCGUCUGUAGGCGAUGAAGACUCACUUUUUACAGGCCGACUCCUCCUGAGUGUCGUUGUUAUGGAGCUGCUAAACUGCUGCCAGUGUUUUGUUGCAACACAGUCUAUUUUUAUUGAUACGGUUCCUCUCGCAGUGAAUUUAAGAAAGAAGAUAUAAACCUUGAACUUUCUGUCUUGAAACAUCGCGUCAAGGUUGUUAGAUGGUCAGUCAAUAAAUUGUCCUGUGUGACUGGCAGGAGAAUCUUAAGAAUGCUGAAAGCCUGGGAAGUUUGUCAGUGGACAGUCUGCAGGCCAAAGAGGUGGGCCUCUGUUUUAUUAGACAUGAGCGUGUCUUGGAAUGUGACCAUAAUGUACCUUUUGACUCCUCGAGCCAACAAGCAACGGCAAGUCCAAGGGCUCUCCAGUCCUUUAAAUUCUUCACGUGAAAAACAAUAUCCUCCUGGUGGUUUUAUCAUCUUAAAAUAGUUAACGUAACGCUGCUAAGACAGGUAGAUUCACAUGCUCUGUACACUGUUGUAUGUUAUUGAUGAUAACAUCUCUAACCACAACUUUAUUAUGUCCACACUGCUAUCGUCAAAGGUUUCCCACGACUGGAAGGAAACAGUGUGUGUAGCAGAUAAGUGUUGUCAGGGAGCAGGUGCAAUCACUGAUGUGUGAAGUCGAUGUAGACUCAACACUUUCUGCAGCUGCUUCUAAUAAAAACCCUCAAACCAUUGGGAUUAUUAAUGUCAAUGAUACCCUGAUUCAGUAGGAGUUUGAUUCACUUACUCUUGAUUUCAGUCUGAUUUUAUCUUAGAUCUUUAUCUUGGGUACUUUGCGCUUAGUAGAUGUCCCACACCUUUGUUGUCUGAUGUGGAGUGGUAUCGUUGCACAAUAUCGUUUGAGAUCAGUACUCAGUAAGGUGUCCCAAUACAACUUUUUUACUUUCAAUACGAUACCGAUAUUGUAGACUUACAAAUAUUGAUCUGAUAUUGUCACAAUAUUGCCCAUGACAAGUUUUGCACUCAACUGCAAUGUCUUUUUUGCACUUAGACGAAAAUUACUGCCACACGGCCAAUAUCACUCCUACUCCUUGCUACUUUGUUUGUACCGUAGUACACACUGUUGUUGUGAUCACGUGGGCUCUGCUAGAUAGAGGUGCCGGAGUGGAGUAUGGAAUGGACUGCUUGUAUCGCAGUGCUGAUAUCAGAGAUUUUAGAUGCAGGUCGAUAUAAUCCAAUAUUUAUUUUUUGGCUGACAUCUAGGUUUGCAAAAUUCUGGGAAUUUUUAAAGUUGGAAACUUUCCACGAAAAUUAAUGGGAAUACAUGGGAAUUAAUGGGUAUUAAUGGGAAUAAAUCUGAAAUUCACAAAACUGAUGGUUGGCCCUCAACAGGGAACUUAAAUAUAGUUAGGGAAAAUAUAUUGUAACAUAAUCUUGGCUAAAACAACCAGAUUUAAUGCAAGUACACCCCUCAAUCACGAAGACAUUGGAGCCCACAGACUAUAUGAAGUCAGUAAGUUUUGAUAGUAUUAUGGGGUAAAUAUAUUUGAUCUAUAAUCGUAUUAAUAUUUAACUUGCAAAAAUGAAAUAAAAAUAGGUGCUUCAUGUAAGCUAUUUUUCAUUUCAUUGACCAUUUAAGGGGCGAGCUAAUUAUGGUGGUGGUAGCGACCUCAAAUGUGAUUCUGAUUCUUCUGACUCCUGCAAGACGGUGUUCUGAAAGCAUACAAUCAUUUAUACAUCAGUUGUCAAAGAUUUUGAAGACCAUUCCAGUUGUUUAGCCAACUAUACUUCUGUUCAUGCCAUUGCAUUAGUGUUUUUACAAGCUUUUUUUGUGAUCUUAUUCUACAGUUUCCAAUUUGGAAUAUUUCCAAAAUUCCCCAGCUUUACUUCCCAUGGAAAGUUUCUGGAAGUUCUGGAAAAUUUUCCACUCUUAUGCAACCCUACUGAUAUCUGACCGAUAUCUGAUAUCAAUAUCGUAUCAGGACAACCCUGGUAUUCAGUCGUCAGCAUGUGAACUUUAUCUGCUUUCAAUCCUUCAAUAAAAUCCUCUCCAAGUCUAGAUGCUUGGAAUAAAGUAAAAAAACAAUGUUUUAUGUUUGACAAUCAUGAAUCAAAGGGAUGGAUUUCACAACCUCGAUUCCAAAAUCAAUGUGGAAAUGAUUAAAACAAUUUAUUUGGCAGUUUUCCACCGCGAUGGGGUAAAAGCAGAAGUCUGACAUCAAGGCUCCCUGUGCAUACUUUUGAGAACAUGCGUCAAAAAAGGAGUUGUUUAAAUCAGAAUCAGUCAAGAUCCCUGAGUAACAACAGUCCUGUGAACUGUGGUGGGUCUGCAUGGAGCGUAAAUAAUCAGGGCACAGUUUACAGUAGCUGUCACACGGCUCAAGGCGGCUGAUAUAACUGGCUAUCGUCACCAUUUCUUUUAAAACUCAGAGUAACCUCUGUGUGUACACUGCAAUAACUUCUUUCCACAGAAAAAUGCACCAACUAAGGACUGUCUCUACUUCAUAGCCUUUAACCCUUGUGUUCAUAUACUGUUACUAGAGAGUAUUACAGUUUUUUUUUUUUUACAUCUCCUCUUCCAAGCAAAUACAACUCACAAUCUCAUUUGAUGUUAUUUUUCUCUGUGCCAAUAGGACUGAAGCCGACUUUUUGGUUAGCUUACUGUCAAGGUGUCACCUUUGCUCCGGGGGAUCUUUGCAGACAGAACAGACAUGAAUCAUCAUAUCAAGCUUUCACAGUCAUAAAGAGUAAAUGAACUUGAUCCAAAUUUGAGGUUAAAAAGUUGAUCUGAAUCAUCAUUUUGAUUUGCGUCUCGGCUCGGGAUAAUUACACCUUAAAUUAAAGAAUAAUUGUAGCUCAGUUGCAGACACUUUGUCUAACCAGUCACACAUUGACUGUGUAGGACUCCAACUUUUAAUGAGGGCUUCUCUCCUGACAAAAAAAGUGAAAUUUGCGUCAGAGUUUUAAUCUCAACACCGUCUAAAUAACCUGCUUCUCAUAAAUUUACAGACAUUUUAUUACUUUAACGUGAACCUCAGUCUGCAUGAGCAUUAAAUAACUUUUUUCUUUCCCUGUGGUUUUUGUUGCAUUAAGUGAAACGGCCCACAAAGCUGCUGUUAAAAUAGGUCAAGUGGUACAAUUAGAGAAUUCAAGAACACAAUGUGCAAACCCAGGAGUGUUGUUUAGUGGUUUAUCCUAUGGCAGCAGAUUCUAAUUAGACUUUGUACAGAUUUUUUCCUCACAUAUAUAUUUGUGUAGAGUGAGCUCCAGCACCUUCAUGCCUCCUACUGCUGUUUUUCGGGAUAGAAAAAUGACACUACCGCACUUUUAAAAGGCACAUUUCACUAUAAAAAGAAAAAUCUCAGUGCUCAAACAAAAAUGUAAAAGUUUUAUGCAUUUUGUGUCAAAUGAAGUUAUUUUAAAUUUUAUCAGACAAUUUAGACAUGAAGAUUCUGCUACUUCGGGCCUCACAUUACACAACAGGAACUAGGGCUGGGCGAUAAACAAAAAAUAUGAUUUACCAAUCUGAUUUUUGACCACAAACCUCAUGGCUAUUUCUGAUAAGUUUACAGAUAAUUUUACCUUUAAGUGUCUUGAAAUGUGAAGUUUAUUCACACAAGAAGUUCAUUAAAUAAGUGCAUGACAAGUGUGCUACUUUGGCUCCACAUCCAGGUUCUUUUCUUGUCUGGGUCUGUUUUCUUGCACCACUUUGUCACACCUAAUGCCCCGCCCACAAUGCUCACCGAUUGGCUGAGUAGAACUGGUUAACUCCUGAUGAUGUUGAACAUUGCAGUAGGGCUGGCAAUAAACCGAAAAUUUACUGAUACCGAAAUUUACAAUGAUAACCGACAUCAUUUUGCCCAGAUCUUCAAAAAAUAGAUAAAUAAAAGUUGGUUUUGGAUGUGUGUAGGUAGGCUAUGGUCUCAUGUCCCUUUAAGACACUGUCCUACAUCAGAGACGUGACUCCACCCCAUCCAGUCUGUAACAAAGAGGGAAAGACAGGUGAGGAGAUGGAGGACGGUUCAAAAGUUGUAGCGGCUGAAGUCGACGAAGUUAAUGUGGGAGGGGGUGAGCAGCUUGUGGAGAAGUUAUCCUCCAUUUAUCGUUACCGAGGUGAACUGAUCAAUAUAUUGUGAUAUUGAUUUGAGGCCAUAUCGCCCAGCCCUAACAAGACCUGAUGCAGCAUCAGUUUAGUGACACUCAUCCCACCUCUCUCGGCUCGUUUGCAGCUUCUGAAAGACACUAAAAGACGUCUGCUUUGCAUCCUGGUCUGCUUUGCUUUUGUGGUCUGCAACUGUAUGUUUCCAAAAUCUCCGUAUACCAGCAAGAUGAUUCGAUGUGAUCAGUGUACUUUAUUUACAGUCAUAACACUUAAUAUGUGUGAGUACGAGUGUUUCAGGGAUGGCGGGGAUCCAGGCCAGCAGGGAUUUGUCUCUUUGUUUGAAGCUUGAGUUUAAUUUAAUUUGACACAUUGUGCAAUAAACCGCAGAGGGAGCAUCAAGAAAGGAUUCACAUUUACUGUAAAGCUAAAGAAUGUGUGUUGCCCUGCUGUAACCUUGCAUUGAUGGAUGGCUCUGUUAACCCCUGCAUCAUCACAGCAUGCUGCUUACCCUGGAGGCGAGUCAAACCUCUCACUUCCCCGAGUCUUUUAAACUCAAGUCUGGCCUCAGGCUGCUGGCUGUGUCUCCAAGACAAAAAAAAAAAAGAAGAGGGCCGGUGAGGUGUGUCUGUGAGAGUAGGUGGGGGGCAGGGGUCUAGCUCCAAAGCGACUGGCCACUUUCCAAGACUUAAAUAUAUCACUGGAGAUCGCAAGGGAGUGAAAAGUACAGAGCAUUUCUCUUCUUUAUACAUGCAGUCAAGGAAUAGAUGAUUUGGAAAAGUUGGACCUGUUGGUGUCGAAAUGAGUUAAGAUGUAUUCAAGGUCGGCGAGAAAAGAUGCCUUAAGGAAAUUUCGGUUCACAUGAGGUGUGCUUUUUCCUCCACUUCCUGCUUCUUCCCUUCCGUACGCCUUUCUCUUCCUACCACCCCUCAGGUAUUUGGCCACAUUCCGGCCCCGCAUACCACCUCUCAGCCCAUACAGCCGUGCAGCGCUAUUGGGUUACCGCAGCGUUACCUAAUAGGUCUGAUCCGCGCUCGAGAGCGGCAUAGCUGUAAGAUCGGCUUCCUUAUUAAGUCAAGGAGGCAGAGAAGUCUGAACCUCUAAACGUUUUUAAAAUGCAGACCAGAAUGUGAGCGCCAAAACUUUGCACCUACUGUACCUGUGAAUGACGGUGUUUUUCUCUCUGUGUAACCAAAGAUUUAGCUUCCAAUUGGAAACCUGCAAGAUAAAAGCUGCCUGAGUAGAAGCCUCCAAGUCCUCCCAUGGGUUAUUAAACGCCUAUGAACACUCAUCACGUACUAACAAGCCAUGACUGAUAGUUUCCUAGAACUUUAUCACGAAGGAGGGAUCUCGCUUCUGCAGGAAAUGUGUUUUCCAUUCAUAUCUUCCAUUCGCGGGGUUAGCGCUGGCCAUUUCACUCAACAUUUGGCUCAAGAGGAUUGAAAAAUAUAGAAAAAGAGAAACAGCUUUUGCAUUUCUCUGAGAUUCUUUUUUCAGAUCGUGUCUUGACGCAUCUCUUGGGUUUGAGUUUCAUGAGUUUCUUCCCAUCCUUCUGGAGCAAUUUGUAGCCGCUGCGGCGUACCUUUUGUAGUUUCUGCGGUAUUUAUUCCGCUGUUGAAUGGCGCAUUGUUUGUGAGAAAGGAGAAAACGAGGCCACACACUCAUAUGAACACCCACACACACCCACCUCAUCCUCUUUUCAAACUGGAGUCCACCUUCCUUUGCUGCCAGAAACGCUGCGGUGUUAAGUCUUUGCGUGUUUAUAGCACCCAAUUCUGGUGUCAGCGUGCUAAUCAGGUCUAAGGAUUUCUGUCAGUCACAGAAAAAUGGUCCAUUUACCCCUCCCUCGGCCCAUCUCUAAGUCCUGACUUUACUUUAUCUCUGCUCCCCCUCAGUGAGUCCAAAUGGCCAUAAGCUCAGCGUCUGAAGUCGGAGUGAGGGGUCAGCAUGCUUUCUCUGUCUCUGUCUCUCACAGACACACACACAGUGAAGUCGCCUUGGUGAAUAGUCACAGCUUGUGGGGAAUGCCUCGAAGUAGACAAUAGCUAUGUAUUCUUACUUACUGCUCCCACCGUCCAGCUGAAACACGGCAGGACUCUGAGAUCUAGUCUGUGUUCCCUCUCGGCUCAAAGUGUCCCUAACUAACUUGUUUUUCUCCUCUGACACAGACAUGAAUUAGAAAUAACGUCUGUGUUUGGUGGUUUUUAAACGAGAGCUGCUGACACUGAUAUGAAAGAGUGAAAUUUGGCAUCAAAAUGACCAAUUAACUCCUUAUUGUCAGCAGUAGGGCUGGGUGAUGAACCGAGAAUUUACCGAUACCAAAAUUCAUGACAACAACAAACUUCAUUUUGCCCAUAUUGGUAUAUUCAGUGUCAAAAAAUUAAAUAAAAGUUAUUUUGGAUGUGUGUAGGUAGGCUUUGGUCUCAUGUCCCUUUAAGACGCUGUCCUACAUCAGAGACGUGACUCCACCCCAUUCAGUUAAAGGAAAAAGGGAAAGACAGGUGAGGAGAUGGAGGACGGUUCAAAAGUUGUAGCAGCUGAAGUAGACGAAGUUAAUGUUGGAGGGGGUGAGCAGCUUGUGGAGUAGUUAUCGUCCAUUUAUCAUUAUCGAGGUGAACUGAUCAAUAUAUCGUGAUGUUGAUUUGAGGCCAUAUCGACCAGCCCUAAUCAGCAGCUAAUUACCUGCUGUUCAAACAGAAAUUUGAAUAAAUUAAAAAACUCAAAAAGGAGCCGAAAUUGAGCACAAUUUAUUAAAAGUUAUUGGGUGAAAUCUGGAGUAUUUUACUUCAGGAACAUGAAACAUGAGAUCACAGAGUCUGUGGGAAAAGUAUGUUGAAUUGGUUUAAUAAGUGUGGCUAACGUUAGCAGAGCUAGCACCAUCAGCUGUCAUUUCUCCUUGCAAGAUCUGUCAUCUCUGCUUGUUUACAUAAGGUGACCAUACGUCUUCUUGUACCCGGACAUGUCCUCUUUUUGGGGGCUGUCUGGCUUGUCUGGGGGAGUUCAUAAAAUCCUUCAAAUGUCUGGAGUUUUGAGUUUGUGUCGCGUGGACUAACUGAGUUAGAAGCGCGUAAAAAACACUCGAUCCGAUCCGAAAAACUCUCAAAAUUGACUAGGCGUGACUCCAUCACUCCGCCCCCGCGUAGUCAUGUCCUCUUUUUGGGGAUUCAGAAUGUUGUCACGCUACUUUACAUCCAGGUAGUCGAGCACUAUAGUCGUACUUUAGCAGAAGCCACUUACUAGGGUGACAGCUCCAGCUAGUGGACAAUAGAUGCACUGCAGCACAGACAUGACAUAUGACUGGCAUACCACAUGUGUAUCAGAAUAAGUAGUUCUUGAGCGAACGUGCAAAUCUGUUGUACUGAUAUUGGAAAUGUAGAAGUACGUGCUGAGGCACUGUGCAUAGCUGCUAAUUUACUCUCUGGAUUAAUUGCUAAUAAUUAACUAUAAUCAACACUUAACAUCUUGGGAGGUGAUCACUUUAGACCUUAGGAAACAACAAAAGAAAAGCAGACAGCAUUGCAAACUGUUCCAGAACCAGCCACAGGGCAGACACUUCUGUUUGUGUAUCUGAAGAGGCAUUAAAGAGAAGUAAGUGCGUUUCUUUUCUGCAGCCCUGGUGGCAGUUUCCAUGUUGUGGUGAGUGACCCACUUCUGCUGAAUAACAGUGUAGGAAUGUGUUGGUUGUUCCGCUCUGUACUUUUGGGUCGUACCCGCUCAGUUCUGUCAAAUCUUUGAAGAUGAAAGGACGCAGCCCUCCCAGCUCGUCUGUCGUCUUCAAGGACAGUCUGUGCACAUGAAAGUGUCCUCCACACCCAUGGCGUUUCUACUCGGACCAGGUCAUAAAAGUCAACUUGCAAAGGACAGAAAGAGGGACAAGUAAAGAGUGCAGGUAUUCAGAUGACCGGACUUGUACACCCCACCCACACUUUAAAAGGAUGUAUUGUGUCUGGCAGGACUCUUCCUGUCCUUUACAGCCGCCUUGUAAGGUUGUGGUGAUGUUUGAUUUGUUUGUGUCGUUCAUUUAAACUGCAUGUAGAGCUGUCUGCGAAACACAGCUGUAGAGCAAGGCUGAAUGUGAAACUCUUUUAAUAUCCAUCAUGUUCCAAAGUGGCAUAAAAUACUUGGUCUGGUUGUUGCUUUAUACUUAAUUUCUCUCUUUAUUAUUAUGCAAGAAGCUGCAGAUGUCAGCCAGCUUCACUUCCUGUGUACCUCUGAGAUGUUUUUGCUUCACAUCUGGCCUUUCGGAAAUAAAAAACAUGCUCAGUUGGACGGAGGUCAGGUGAUUAACCUCAGCAAGUUCAGGCCAGAUGAGGACAUCUUACUAUUGAUGAAUAAACGUUUCCUCUAUUGGGCUUAAAAUGAGGGUUCCAGCUUGACAUUUUUGGACCAAAUCUUAAACACAAAUGAGUCACCAGUGGUUAAUUUUCGAUAUCCCAGGAGCCUCGAUAAUGGACAUGCGCUGAAAUAAACCAUAAAGAUAAACUUACAAGCUGUCAAGGUUUAGUUUGAUUAUUACCUGCACAGUUUACUCCAAACUUUUGUUAGACAGUGAUGGAGUUUCCUGAAGUGAUGGACAUCUUUUCUGACCUCCAGUCUGACAAGAAACCUGGGCAGAAAAAAGGAAGUUUGGUUUAUUAGACAUUGACAAGUAGGCUGGUUAUCAGCGGCAUUUUCAGGCUGUUUAUAGACGAAAAUUAAAGCUACAUUCUCAUUGGACAGUUAUGAUGUAAAACUUUCAACCCUUUUGUUCUUCACUCAAACUUUUUAAGCAAACUUCCAAAUCUCUGUCAGGAGUUUAUUUUGUAUAACUACCUGCUCACUUUUAUGAAAGCGUAUGGCAUUCACCAAACAAAAACAAACAAACAAAAAAAGUCUAUUUUUCAGAGUAUUUUUUUCUGUUUUUCAGAGUAAUUUUUUUCAGUUUUUCGGACUAAGUUUUUCUAUUUUUUUAAAGUAUUUUUUUUCUUUUUUUUUUAGAAUUUUUUUUCUUUUCUUAAAGUAUUUUUUUCUGUUUUUUGGACUUUUUUCUUAUUUUUUAAUUUUUUUUUCUGUUUUUUAGAGUAAUUUUUUUCUGUUUUUUAAAGUAUUUUUUUCUGUUUUUCUGACAUUUUUUUUCUUUUUUUUUAGGUUUUUUUCUGUUUUUUAAAGUAUUUUUUUUCCCGUUUUUUAGAGUAAUUUCUUUUUCUUUGUGUUUUCUGGAUUUUUUUGGUUUUGUUUUGUUUUUCAGACUUAUUGUUUUUUUUUUUUUUUUUGUAAGUGAAUGCAAUACUCUUCCGUACACUAUCAUGUCAAGUAUCCCUCACAUGAACUCUAUGACCUACAGUCAUGUAAUGGAAAUUCGUCCUUUUCUAAUUCAACAGACACAUUUGACGUCAUGCAUAAUGUUACUUAUUAGUUUAUUUUAAUUGAUGUGAUAAAUGUUGUAUUUGCAGUUGCCCGUGGUUAUUUCCAAGCAGUAGGAAUUAUAGAGAAAUCAAUAUGACCCAAAUUCUUGGCUUAAAAAAAAUUCUGCAGCCAUCUGUAGACAUUUAUCCACAUGACUAAUGCAAAGCUAUGAUGAAGGAAAUCCCUGUACGUCUGUUUUAGAGAUUUAGGCCCGUAGUAAUCAGCAUUAUAUGUCUGGUGGGUGACAAAUUCCUACACAACCUCGCUUGUUCUGUCUCCCCUUCCUCCCACACUGCCCGCUUUUUUCAGUCCUGGUGCUUAGUGAAAGUGUAACGGAUGUGAAAUAAAUCAUGUGUGGUUUGAAAACUUCCUCCAUUUUUCCCCUCUCCCAAAUCCCUCAGAAAUCUCUCAGACAUGCUGAAUCAAUCACUGACAUUUGAUUCUGGGACUCCCCUCGCUCGUCAGUUUGCAGAAGAAGAGAUCCAUUAUUUGCAGCAGGUUUUCCUUCUGAGAGGAACAUCAGGAGGCGUUCGCGGUGACUCACCUUGCUCCCUGAUAUUCUCAUCUGUGACUCAGGGCCAAAGUUUUUGAGAUCUACUUUUGUUUAGUGCCUCCUCGUUUAAUGUUUAGGAAGUUUCAGAGAUGUGAAGUGAUUAAAAAAAGAGACUGUUGUUCUGACUGAAGCGCUGUUGAAGUGCCAGUGAUUGCAAGAGUGUAAUAAAGUCGACUUGUUUGUAUUAAAUGUUAACAGAUGUAGCUGUUUCUGUAUCUCACGACGGAGCUGAGUCAGGCUGGCUUGUUUCAAGGAGUCCGUAGGUGGUAGAAAUCUCCACCCUCUUUGACUGACCACACAAAAACCCGGCCCAGGGGCGAUGCUUUUGGUGCGCCUGCCUGCCUGCCGUUCCUCUUUCACAUGCAGUAUUUUCGGUUCUGCAAAGCUUGAACCAACAUGAUUGGAAUGUCUUUUUUUUUUCUCCCCUUUGUCCCCCCUUUUUUUGUCGUGAAGCUCCUUUUGUUCUAAUGGGUUAAUUUAAGAAGAAUGUUUUCACUUUGGGGUUUGGAGCCGAGGCUGGGGGUGUUGUUUAGGGCCGUGAGUGAGAUGGAAAUGACACAGAGACUCUUGUUUGUGAGAUAGUCGGUCACUGUUUAUUAUUUGGUUAAGUCUUGUCCCUCAAGGUUUUCUCUCAUAAAAGAAGGACAGUUUUCUCGAAUACUUACACAGCAUUUUAAAGACACUCUUCUUUGUUAGUAUCAAGUCCUUCCUGUGGUUUAGGAGAAUAAAAAUGGACAAGACAAAAAAUGACCUGCAAGGCCUUCACUUUAGACCACUAAGUUGAAUGUCACAGUUGAUGCAACAUUUUGACAAUAAACUGCAAAAAGAGUGAGAAAUCUCUCAUCCCUACUAUAUUUACUGAGAGGGACAGACGCAAAACAGCGACCAGGAGGAAAACAAAGCAACAUGAAUUACUGCAGAGUGAGACAUCGUCUUUGCUGAGUUGAUCACAUGCAAAAGAGUAACUGGAGAGUGAUAGGUUAACAUAACAUGGUAACAUAGCAGCGCAUGAUGCAGCAGCUUAAUAUUAACACUGCAUAGGAAAGGGCUGCAUGAAAAAUCUGCAAAAUGAACCUGUGCUGUCGUGAUGCAUGAACAUUUUAAGAGAGGACAUGCUGGACGUCUCUCUCUUGUAAAAAUCAUCUGACAUUUAACUCAACAGCCCAAAGUUAGAGUUGUAACUUAAAGUCUUACACAAAUUACACCUCCGCACCUGUUUUUCGCCUCUCUUCCCUCACCAAAUAUCAGCUGUUAGGCUUCAGUUAUUGUGCCGUUUGUUGCACGAUUAGUUAAUUAGUUGCUUCAAUAACUCGUGGCAUUUUAAAUAGUCAUUGGGUGCAGCACUAGUUAAAAAGAGAGACGCAUUACCAAACUUCCUUCCUGGUUAGGGCUGUCCAGAUACAGAUAUUGGUCCGAUAUCAGCCGAAAAACAAAUAUCGGAUUAUAUCGGCCUGAAUCUAAAAUCUCUGAUAUCAGCACUGCGAUACAAGCAGUCCAUUCCAGACUCCACUCAGGCACCUCUAGCUAACAGCACCCGGAUCCAGCAUGUAGAGCCCAUGUGAUCACAACAACAGUGUGUACUAAUGUACUAACAAAGUACCAAGGAGUAGGAGUGAUGUCAGCUGUGUGGCAGUAUUUUUUGUUAAAGUCCGAAAAAGACAUUGCAGCUGAGUGCAAAACUUCUCAUGCACAAGAUUGUAUCGGCCGAUACUGAAGGCUACAAAAUCGGUAUAGUCUCGGAAGUAAAAAAGUCGUAUUGGGACACCCCUACUCCUGGUAGCUCAGGUCAUCUCAGCUGUUUUUUUUUUGCAGAGUGAUUGAAACCCUCAGGACUUUAGAGGAGAUUAAUUGGACACCUCUGUUUGGCUAUAUUGGAGUAUAUUGGGGAAUGUAUCGGCCUACUCCUUAGCAACCUAUCUGCAGAAAAAAAUGCUAUCACCACGAGCAAUGAUGUAACAAACUAAUUGUCUGCAGUUUAACUAGAACUAAAGAAAUCAUCUGCAGCUACAGUGAUAUAAAACGGACAAAUAAAGAACCGAAAGCAUCUUUCCUGGUUUUAGUUAAACUAUAAGUUUGUCUGCAGAAAAAGUUAUCUAACGGUCAUCUGUGAAGGUUUUUAUGUCUCCUUGAAACAGGAAACCUGAAAAAAUGUGUUUUUUCCGCUUUUUUAUGAGCUGGUUCGUCUGUGUGCCUCAUUAGGGGAAAAUAAAUCUGUCUUUUCAAAGCUGAUGAAAAAGGAGAAAGAAUAAAACUCAAGCUAAGCAAAGUGAGGAACACCGUCUGUCUUGGUUUCUUCUUGUGUGUUCCCAAGUGUUUCAAAGGUUAACCGUCUACAGUUUCCUGAUAUUACUGUUUACACAUCGUCUACCAGCCAUGAGAAGCACUUUUCAUUCAGUUAAUAAAUACCUCUCACUCUCAAUUACAUGUUUACAGAGUUCUUUCUGUUGAUCGAGUCAUUAAGUGAAAGUAAAUGAGCCUUACACACUUAAAAUGAUCAUCAACUGAACCACACGCUUACAACUGCUGUCAUUAUAAAGAUAACAGAAAAGAAUAACUUAUAAAUCACCGAGUAAUAUUUAGUUGAACAUGACUGAGGUGGUUUUUGGCAUCUUGAAGUUACUGAAAAUUAAGGUAUAAUUGAAUCUAAGAGUUUAUUUUCCCGCCCUAGAGGAGCUUCGACCACGUUUUGCAGUUGUACUCUCAUUUCUGUGGUCUAAUUAGUUGUGAUAAUGACUCAGCAUUAUUAUAAAGUUGUAUUCCCACUGUCUUUGUGUGCUUGUAUUGUCUUGUUCUUGCAUGAUUACUUACGGUGGAUCAUGGAGAAGACGUUUCUCUGCUCUCUUUGAAAUCCCUCAUUAUGAAAACGCUGUGUUCAGUGUCCCCGGUGAACCCUGUUGCUUUUUGCAUGUCCUGAAAUAUUCCCCUUAAGGAAGAGUCACUCUGUCGUCCAAGUUUGUAACCCUCUCGUUGCAACACACUGGAAAAGUCCCUGAAAUACCCUUUGCUGUGCUGUUUUGAUGGUUAUUGAGCUCUUAGAGGAACAGAUGCUUGUGAAUGUAUAAAUGUAAUGCAUAAAUGAGUGAGAAAAAACAAACAGACCCUAAUUUUGUUUGUUAAAUAUUUAUAUGUUGGUAUUUUAGAGCAACAGCAGGGAGGCUUGUAAGCUUUGCUAAAUGAGUCUAAAAGUCAGAUCCGAUUUACUUUGACAUCUUUAAUUAGCUGUAGAGGCUUAUUUUCCCACAGAAUGAACUGACUAGAUAAAUACACUGAUGAUCACACUGAAUUAGGCAUUUUUAUGCUGUAAUCGUUGUUUUUCUGAAGUUGUUUGGCAAACACAGCAUAUCAGGAGGGGCUGUGAGUGUAACAGGCACUAACCGAAGCACAGCUGAUAGGGGUGUGUCGUAUAUCGUCAAAGAUAAUCUCUCAAUUGUUGUUUUAACAAUGUGUGGAAAUAACAGUAUCGAGAGUGUCCUUAUUUUUGCAAAAAACAGUCCAAACAGGCCUCAAGAGUCUACUGGAUAUGAUCAGGACUAGUAGUGCAGAAGCUUAGCUGACCAGAAGAUAAAACUCAAUCACAACCAAAUAAACUGAAUUUUUGAUUAAAUGGAUUUACAAGAAAGCUUGAGGUCUAGACUUUUGAUCUUUGACAGACAGGUAAUUUCUAGGUCUUCUGUUGAGUGGCUUCCCUGUAAGGCUGGGCGAUAUGACCUCAAAUCAAUAUCACGAUAAAUUGAGCAGUUCACCUCGAUAACGGUAAAUGGACGAUAACUACUCCACAAGCUGCUCACCCCCUCCCACAUUAACUUCGUCUACUUCAGCUGCUACAACUUUUGAACCGUCCUCCAUCUCCUCACCUGUCUUUCCCUCUUUGUUACGGACUGGAUGGGGUGGAGUCACGUCUCUGAUGUAGGACAGAGUCUUAAAGGGACAUGAGACCAUAGCCUACCUACACACAUCCAAAACCAACUUUUAGUUAUUUAAUUUUUGGAAACCGAAUAUACCGAUAUGGGCAAAAUGACGCUGGUUAUUGUCGUAAAUUUCAGUAUGGGUAAAUUUUCGGUUUAUUGCCCAGCCCUAGUCCACACAUUUACUGUAUAUGAUCAGGACUAGAAGUGCAGAAGCUUAGCUGACCAGGAGAUAAAACACACUCACAACACAAAUGAAUUGAAUUAUUGAUUAAAUAGACUCACAAGACAGCUCAAUAUCUAGACUUUUGAUCUUUGACAGACAGGUGAUUUCUAGGUGUUAUGUUGGGUGGCCAGAUUGACAGCCAAUCUCAAUAAGUAUCACCCUAUCAUAAUCAGAUUUUAUUACUGAUACUUUACAGGAUACUACGUCAUUAUAAAACAGAUUGCCAAGUCUCAAUUUCCUAUGUUUGAUGUAUUCAGAGAAUAGCAAAUCGAGGUCAGUAACAGAGUGUCAUAAUUUCAUGCUGAUGAUGUGAUUAUCCGCCCUUGAACCUCCUCCAGAAAAAACAAAUAGUUUAAUUUUAUUUCAUGCUCCUCUCUUUGUAAUUGACCAAUUUAGGUCACUAAAUGCUUGGUGGGCUGAGUAAAGCUUCUGGAAAUGACUCCUUUUCACUGGCAUGGUCACAGAAGAAUGCUCCUCUCACGGCCACGGUCCCAGGACCUUUUGAUUUAAACACAUGCCUCGCUCACUUUGGGAUUAAGAGGCUGAGGAAAUGGCCUGUUUGGAGUUACCCAAUGAUUUGUAAAGUCUAAGGCUUAAUUCCUGCCCAUUUAGCAUCAACUGGACUCACUGACUUGUGUAACUGCGAGUGCUCAGACAUUAGGACACACACUCAAAAGCCUAAUAGUGUAAAACCAGACUUAGUCACCCAUGGUUUUAUACACUGUUUUCUCCUAGCUUGGUGUUUCCUAACUGAUGAUGUUGGCUUGCACAGACAGCGUCCAGAGAUCGGCGUAAAUGUUUUCAAGGCUCGAAAUAUUUGAAAAUUCUCUUGCACGAAAAGUCUAUUUCCGUCUGGUAAUGGAGAUGUCUGGAUUUCCCCUCCAUCUGUUAGCAAGCAGGAGAAAUUUCCGAUUUGCCCGUCUUGAAGCCGACUCAAAAGCAGAGUUUGACUCACUGAUGCGUGAGUCAGUGAGAGGAAAUAAACACCGUCUGAGUCUUAACAGACGAAGCCGAUUUAUCCAGAAAUUUUAUAAUCAGACUUCGACAGCAUGUGUGUGAAGUUCGAUACAUAAGACAAAGACGUCUGGUAGUGCGCGCAAAGUGUGAGGCGUAUAUAAACAGCCACCAGCGAUACCGCAGAUCUUUGAGAGGAAUGAUAAAAGAAACACUCCUGUGGAUUCAUGUCUCAGCGCAUCACCGUCUCAAUCCGUUCCUGGCAAAGAGAUGAUGGUUGGUUUGUACUGAAGCCAAAUCGACAAGCCUGCCAGCAAACUUUUUUAACAUGGGUGAGAAACAUUAAAGAAAUCACCAUCAGGAAAAGCAAAAUACUUUGACAGGAUGUUGUCAAAGUGCGUGUUGACGGGAAGAGGACCAAUUUUGGGUUGAAUCAGCAUAAAACAGGGACAUGCAACCCACAUGAAAGGGAACCUGACCACAAAAAUGAGACUAUUUUGGUUAAUAUGUUAAUUUUGUCCUUCAGGAAACCCACAUGAAUGUUGUUAUUUUUCCUAUUCAUGCGAAGGUUUAUCUUUCGGACCUGGAGGAUGCUCUUUGUCCUACAUCUUGCUUCAUUUACUUUGGCGCCUUUCACCAUGUUGCAAAGAUCUCGAUGUUGAUUGAAGGCAGCAACGUGAGGCAACUAGAUUGACAGAUAGUGGAUUUUCAGGGCCGAUACUGGUAACUCAGGGUGACCGUAUGUCCACUUUUACCCAGACAUGUCCUCUUUUUUGGGGGCUGUCCAACGUGUCCCGCCUUGUCCUGAGAAGUUUAUAAAAUCCUUCGUAUGUCCAGGGUUUUGUAGAGACGUUUUGAGUUUGUGUCAUGUGAAGUUAGAAGCGCAUAAAAGACACUCGAUCCGACCCGAAAAACUCUCAAAAUUAACUACAUGCGACUCUGUGACUCCUCCCCCGUGUAGCCGUGUCCUUUUUUGGGGGGAUUCAGAAUAUGGUCACCCUAGGUUACUGAUAUUUGGAGCCAAUAUGCAUUGACAGUAAAAAUGAAAAACUUCAAAUUUGAUCAUUGUAGACCUCAAAACAGAACUUUACCGUCUUUUGAAAUGGUCGAUCGAUACCAAAAUGUUCAAUAUCAUCAAGAGUUAAUCAGUUUCACUUAACCAAUCAAUUAGCAUUGUGGGCAGUGGGGCUGGGCGAUACGGCCUCAAAUCAAUAUCACGAUAUAUUGAGCAGUUCACCUCAAUAACGAUAAAUGGAUGAUAACUACUCCACGUUAACUUUGUCUACUUAAGCCGCUACAACUUUUGAACCGUCCUCCAUCUCCUCACCUGUCUUUCCCUCUUUUGUUACGGAUUGGAUGGGGUGGAGUCACGUCUCUGAUGUAGAACAGCAUCUUAAAGGGACAUGAGACCAUAGCCUACCUACACACAUCCAAAACCAACUUUAUUUAUUUAUUUUUCACCAAUAUGGGCAAAAUAAUGUCAGUUAUUGUCGUAAAUUUCGGUGUAAAUUUUCGGUUCAUUGCCCAGCCCUACCCUACUGAUUAGUUUUAUUUAGCCAAUCAGUUUGCAUUGUUAGUGUGACACUUACAUUAAGUGUGACAAAGUGAUGCAAAAAAACACAGACCCAGACAAGAAGAGAACCUGGAUGUGGAGCCAGAGUUGCACAAUUUAGAUGCAUUUAUUUAAUUGUCUUUUUGUGUGAAUAAACUUCACAUUUCAAGACACUUAAAGGUAAAAAUUAUCUUUUAACUUAUCAGAAAUAGCCAUGAGGUUCGUGGUCAAAAAUAAAAAUCACCACAUCAUGCACACCUAUUAAUUCUCCAGUGUUUGUCAUUCAUCGUGCUCAGGAUCAAGAGUUUGACCUGUGCAUAAUUUCUUGAGAAAUAAACUUUAUACAUAAGUUCUGGUAACCCUCAUACUUUGUCCCCGUUUCAUCUGGGAACGGAUAAUAAUAAAAACAAACACCCUCGCAAAAAUAAACACGCCAGCAAAUAUAUCCUCAGGGGACAGACGCAGUGUGUACAUUAGCAUAGACAUGACACAGAAGAAUAGACUCAACCUUUUCAAAAGAGAAACAAGAGGUCAGGGGAUUGUUUGAAGAUGUGAUUUUUCUUUUUCCAUUUCCAAGCAGUCAUUUAUAGAUGCCUCUCAAAGAAGGAUCUGGAUGAUUUGUUCCUUUCUGCCCAUCCGGUUAUGGAUCCUAAUCCCCAAAGUCAACAGUUCUAAUGCGGGACUUCCGAUCUCCUCGUUGUUUCAUCUUUGUGGGAAGUGGGAAUGACAGCGCUGUCAUCACCCACCAGCUGGCCAAGCCUGUCCCCAAACGCAGCUCUGUAACCGAUCAGGAAGCAGCCAGCAGGAAUCCGGUUUGAUCAGUGAGGAUUCUGUGUUUCCAAACCGUGGUUCAGUCAUUAAUUUGGGGAUUUUUUUUAAGUUAAUAAUGGCUUUUGUCAGAAUCUGACACUUCUUUUACGAGGUGAGAAAAUAUAGCUCAGCGUUCGGCCUCUAAAUUGGACCCCUUGGCCUCUUUCAUGUGUGUCAAAUGUCUGAAGCAGGAAAAGUUCAGACUUGUAGUGCACUGUCCUGUGAGGCCGUCACAGCUGGUAUGUGCCAUUCCUCCACUAACCUCUCCACCUCCAGAUUUUCAGCUGGUGUUUACUUGUGGAAAAACAAAAUAGAAGCUAUUUCCUCUGUCUUCAAGGGACUGUUAAUGCGAUGCAGCUCUGAAAAGAAAACUCAAACAGGCCGAACACUUUAAGGGUGGCGUUCACGUAGUCCGACACCGAUUGUCUGCUCUGCAUCCGGUUGUGUUUGGCUGACUUGCCCAUUUUUAAAGCCACAGCAGGAAAAAGUAAAGAAAUAAAUGAGCGUGAAAGACCAAGAAAAGUGAAGUGAUUGAUUCACCCUCAACCUGGUAAUGACCCUUCAGCCAUUUAUCAUGCGCAGCUCCAGUUGGAGGUUAAGUGCCUUGCUUAAGGACAUCUUUUUGCUAGUUCUUUUCAGGAGAUGACACUGUCACUCCUCUGUUCCUCCAAUCCACACUUUUCCAGCUGGUCUCUGGAGUCAAACUCAUAACCCUCCAGCUAAAAACGCCUGAUUCUUCUCCCUGUAGCCACCUGGUGCCUGCUAAUGACCCCGCUCUCAAACCACAGAGAGAAGAAAAACACCACUUUUACCACCAGUAUUUGCUAAUAACACCAUAUCUGAUGUCAUUAUUCCUGCCGCAUGUGUGCACAGCGAGUUCGCGGUUGUUUUUCCCCUUCUUAAGCUGGUCAUCAAACUCGGAUAUUCGGCUGUAAAUAUGUAGCUAACCUGAUUGGGACAUGUCCAACCCCCCUGACCCUCUAACCCAACCCUUAUUAGACAAGCACUGUGUCUGGAUUCCAGGUGUGGGAGAGUCCCUCUUCAUUCUUUUCAGGUCUACAAAGCAGGUAAAUGAUUUGUCAAAGUGGGGCGACUCUUCAUUUCAAGUUCAACUGAAGACCCGCCACAGAAGUGAGGCUGUGUCUAGAUACUUUUAGGCUCUGAGUAGACUUCAUACCUUGAACUUUUUUAACUAUUUGACUCUGACAUAUAGAUCUCGUUAGAAAAAUGGAUCAAAUACUUUUAGAUUUACUUAAUUUUUAUGUUAAUUUGACACCUCUUGGAAUAAACUUUAGUGUGUAGAAAUGAGAAUAUUUAGUAAUAUUUAGAUCCUAGAUUAAAAGGCUCUCUUGCUACAUCUUCUAGACGUCAAGUUUAUUUUUAGACCUAAUUUCAACCAUCUAGAUUCCGUAUAUUUUUAGACAGGAUUUAGACGUUGCUCUUUAACCCAUUAUUCGAUAACUUUUUAUUUCAAAAAGCAACUGUGAGUUGCUUAACUGAUCUCCAAUUACUUAACCAAAGUAAUAAUGACAGCCGUUGAGCAACAUACAGUGUAGACCUCUGUUAGACUUUUGAUUUUAGACCUGUGGUAGCCUGAUUUUAGACCUGUCUACAUUUAGACGUCUAUUAGACCUCUUAUAGACCAAUAAAAUGCUCAGUAGUAGUGGUGGAGUUAUGGUGGCCUUUAAUGACAAAAAGCUCCUCCAUUUGUCUACAUUUUACCAUCAAAAGCAUCUAUCAAACAUAUUAGUUUGUCCACAAUAACAACCGUUGGUAACGCCUAUCUCUAUAACACAUUAUAAAUGUAUGUAUAAUAUGUUAUAAUCACAUUAUAGCUCUGUGUAACUGUAGUUAUAAACACUCAUAAAUGAUCAUAAUCCUUUUUAUCAUGACUUAGAAGGUCAGGUAAUUAUAGUGUCUAAUAACUGUUAACAACAGGUGCAUUGCAUUAUCUAUGUGGGCAUUGUCAGUGAGUUGUUAACAGUUAUAACAUUAUGAUACCUGACCUUGUUAGUCAUGAUAAAUGCUUUAUAAUGUGUUAUGAUUAUUAGUGUAAGUGUUUAUAGCUAUAGUUAUACAGUGAUAUAAUGUGAUUAUUACGCAUUAUACAUUUAUUUAUAAUCAGACAGGCGUCAAAUAAAGUUUUACCAAACCGUUUUUCCACUCAGUGAUAUUGUGGAAACAUGAUGCUGCAGAUAUAGGAAGCUCAUUUACAUGACCUUCAUGUGAUUGUACACCAAUCUGAAUAUUAUAUAAUUUCUGCUGAGUCUGUUCUGCCAAAAGCUGCUAAAAACUACACACUGCACCUUUAAUUAUUAAGCUUUAAGUGGAAGUUUGGGAUCAUUUACAAACUGUUAAAGACACAUGCUGUCUUACAAAAGAUGAACCGGUAGAAAAUAUGAAAUUUUCUAUAUUUGUUUUAAAAUAAAGGUAGGUUUUGUUGGAAAAGGGUUUGAAUCGGAUCCUUCUUAUCUGAAACUUCUGUCUGACACGUGGCUGAACUGCUGGAUUCUGGGACUAAAUAUUUAGGCUUUGUUUCCUACGAUACAGGAUGGACUUUGUCAUCCUGUUUGCCUGCCCCACCUGUCUUUCGUUUGAUAUCUGCGGGUUGCCAUGCGUGUGUGUGCAUGCUAAUGGCUGUUGUGUGACCUGAGUGGGCCGUGGACUGUAAUGAGGUCAGUGUCCCGUUGAACCUCAUCAUGAACCCUGCAGAGGUUUCGUCUCCCUCUGCUGGUGAGAAUGGGAAACUUUGUGCUGUGAUAUCAACAGUGCAGGUGUGUGUCGAUGGUUCUCCUGCAGGCCUGGCCACCACUUCGCUGCAGCUGGUGAAAAUAAACACUCUCUAAUGAGAUUAUUAUCUUAGUGAGCAACAUAUUAAACUGAGAGUGUGUUAUACAGUCACUUCCUAUUACCUAACCAAUGCACACAACCAUCCUUGAAUGUCAACAUCCACUUUUCUAAGCUUUUAUUUUUUUAAACGUGUUUAUUUUCUGAGUAUUUUGCCCUACGUGUCUUAUCUGUGACUAGCUGCUGUUUGCUGCUGACAGGCCUGCGGACAAAGUGUUUGAUUUUCCACAGGUGUGUUUUUGUUAGGGGGGUAAUCGCCACAUUUCAAGUGAGGUUUUCUUUUGUCCAUAUGAUGUUGUCUUUAUAAGCAGGUGUAUGGGACUGUGUGUUUGAAGAACUUAAAGGUUGACCGACCUCACUGCACCUGAAAUAAAUAGAGCAGGAUUAUCAUGUGUGUUUUAAUGAAAAAUAUUUGAUCAUUUGAUUCAUUUAGAAAAAUUGCUGUGUGUCAAUUAUCCGUUACUAUAUAUAUAAUUGACUUGAUGGUGGAUUAAGAUUGGAUAAGAACUGUUUUUUUUUUUCUUACUAGCUGAGACUCAAUCUGAUCUUCAUGUUGGGUCUUUGUAGUUAAUAAUAAGUGUACUCUUGACCUUUUUAUUAGUAUUUUUUAAUAGUAUAUGUUAGGGUCUGACUUGGCACUGCUGCAUAGUUUGUAGAGGUAUUUAUUUUUUUAGUAUUUAUUCAUUUUCAUCAGGCUUUUCUCUAUUUAAUCGUGUCCUUAUCUUUUAUUGUACCACUUUUAAAUCAUGUUUCAUGCGUUUGUUGUGUAUCUGGUGUUGAGUUUAUGUUUUUCUGAUGUCUCCAUGCUGUUUGUUGUCUGUAUGAGUUUUCUUGUCCUGGUGGUGAAACAGUUUCCCUCAUGCAGGAUCAAUAAAGUCUACCUUAUCUUACCUGUUGCCAUGUAAGGUAUAAAUAAAAAGUGACAAAGGUUUCAAUCAAGAUCAAUUGUUGUGUAAAAACAGGAUAUCUUUCAUGGCUCACUACAGUUUUAGUUGUAGUUUCCUGUUGGGACAGUAGAGGGAGCUGUUUCCUACAGCUAUGCUUCACCACCGCACAUCAUCCUCUCCCUAACUCCUGCCUUAUGCAGCUGUAUGACUCUUUAAGUCUGCAGUAACAUCUGUGUCUCCUAUAGGUUCCACACACAGGAAGUGGAUUAAUUCUUCCUUUCCAACAUUGCCAACAAACACCUCUUAUAGAGGGCGCUAACGCCGUGAUUGUAUGCAAGCUCUUGAUAAACAUCUUCAAACCAUCAACACGACUUUGCGAGGCACUUAGUGUCUGCAAACACACUGUUGGGCGGUAAACAACCAUUAAAGUGAAGUUCUGUGUUUGCAGAUGUAGCUCGGGUCUCGUGAAGUUCGUUUUGCACAGACAUAUUGGUACCAUGUCUGUCAUUAGCAAAGACAACACCUCCCAGGCAGUGUAGCCCGGUUACAGUCGAGUCAUUUCCGGCCUGACAGUACGGUAAUUAGCGGAGUCGUUACAGGUAUUAGGACUUUUCAUGUAGAACUUUUGGAGGGGCGAGUUUAACUGACAGUCGGUGUGAAAUGUUCAGCUCACGUCAUGUUUGAAGUCACAGCACUUCCUGAGAUCUUUAUUUUAAUCAGUGUUUGGGUCGUGACAGUUUGACAACACGGUUUAUAAAGUUAUGACAACAGGCCCGCAGGUCUGUCUCGAUGGAUUGAGGUUUUAGUUUACUCGCAUUAAUCCCUGUUUUAUUAUUCUAAUCAGAAGCAGUUCCCAAAACAUGUUUAUGGAGUCUGUAAGAUCUCGAGCCAAAAGAUCAACAACGAACGAAUCAGUCACGGUCUUUUAGACUGAGUUGAAGAUAUAUGUUCACACGGUGAAAUGUCAAACUUUUAUUUUCCCUCCUUUAUUUAGUGAAACAUUACAUUUCUAAGCUGCAGCAGAGAUAGUUCGUACUCUGCGCCUGUCUUCUUUCCCUCGUACAGUAAAUCCUCGAUCUCUCUCUGAUACUGUAACCAUAGUUUAGGCACCACAGGCUACAUAUUCUCCUGUUGUUAUGGAAUGUGUCUUAUUCAGAGUGACAGCCAAGCUGUUUCUGCUUGCCUGAGCAGGACUGAGAAGAACCCUGCAGGGCUCUGUCUGUCUGUCUGUCUCUUUCCACAGGAUACCGGAUUGUCCUGUGGAAACGCUUCAAAGACGCAGCGCAGCACUCUCUGAAGAGGCUUUCAGCAGUUUUUAAAACUCGCUCCUAUAUUCAGUCCCUGCUGAGAUUUGAUGGAAGUGUAUGACAACUGAACGCUUCAUUUGGCAUGUGAAGAGGUUCCAGAUUAGAUAUUAAAGUUGUAGUUAGUGUUUGGUACAUUUUAACUAGUCAUUAAUGGGGGGUUUCCAAAACCCUAAAUCUCCACAGGAAGACAGACUCACUUAUCUCCACUUAAGACGAUUACUUUUCUGUUUUUACAGUUAGAGUCAAUCUCCACACAAGUAUAAAAACUAGGAGUGUACCGAUACAACUUUUUUACUUCCGAUAUGAUACCGAUAUUGCAGCCUCAGUAUCGGCCGAUACCGAUAUUGAUCCGAUAUAAGCACAAACUUGUGCAUGACAAGUUUUUCACUCAGCUGCGAUGUCUCUUUUGGAUUUUGCGAUACCUGCGCAGUAAACGUUCUGAGGGGCGGUGGUAAAACGUCAGGUUACAACAAAAGGUAAUUCAGCGCGGCUUUUCUGUAUCGGAAUUGGAUCGGUAUCAGCUGAUACUCAACUGUAGAUAUCUGUAUCGGCAUCAGAGGUGAAAAAAGUGGAUCGGUGCAUCCUUACUCUUCAUGCUGUAUCCGGGCGCUGCUAGGCAGAGGUGCUGGAGCGGAGUCUGGAAUGAACUGCUUGUAUUGGAGGGCUGAUAUCUGAGAUUUUAAAUGCACGCUGAUAUUAUAAUCCAAUUUUUGUUUUUUGGCUGACAUCAGUCCGAUAUCCAAUAUUAAUAAUAUCCGAUAUUAAUAUCGUAUCAGGACAGCCCUAAUAAUAACAGACUCUUAGGCUCGGCUACCAUUCUGGGAACUUUUCUUCCUCUUUCUAUUAAAAGCGUCUUGGGUAAAAGUUUGGUCACUUAGGCACAUGAAAUUAACAGACUGUUCAGAUUAUUUUGAGUGUAAUUAAAGUCUAAUCCGUGAAAUGUCCUUUAAAUGGAAAUUCUAAAUUACUGCUCACUGGAUCCAUGUAAAAAUCUAUUAACAAAACUGUAAAUUUCAGUUGUCAUACUUUGCAGUGCAUACUCAUUGGAUUAGGCUAUUUAACUUUUCACUUUAACUCUUUAAAAGGGCCAUAAACUGUAAAUAAUUCCUUGUUGAUCGUCUAUUCCCUGAUUUAUUUUGCACUGAUUUUACAUCCACACUCUUGUUUAUCUCAGUGUCUCACAGUCAGAUUGCCCCCAGCUCUCUGCAGAUCCAACAGCAAUUGAAGAAACGUAAAUAGCUUUGGUUUACAAUAGUCAUCACGUCUGAACAAGAGGUAUUUACUCUGCAGGCAAGAGUUCCUCAUUCACAACCUUCUGCUGCAGGCCUCUCACAGACUGUGAUAAGCCUCUAUUUGUGGGAAACUGGACUCCUUUCCCUGCUAAUCUGAUAGCUGUGACCUUCUGACCCUCGUUUCGGUGGCCAACCCCCACCGCUCCCAUUCUCCGGUUGUGACACACAUUCACUCCGAGGAGAUCCUGGAGAUGUCAUUUGAAUUAGGCUCUUUCAUUCAGACAUCCGAACAGACGCCGGAUAUACAAUAUGUUUUAGAGCGCAGACCGCUGCCGUCAAAAUGAAUUAGCUACCUUGUUAUGUUACAUGCGUGCGCGUUGCCUUUAUGCAGGUUUAACCGAGGGGCGACCUCAGGUGUUGAAAAGUAGAGGCUUUGCAGAAGUAGAAAAGGACCACUGCUCUUUGAGUGACCAUUGAAGCUGGGUGCAAAAUCUAAGGGGACCCUGUAAGAGCACAUUUUGGCAGCAGAAUUAAUUACAUCUAUACCCAAUUUCUCUAUUCCUAACAACUGUGUAGGGGCUGAAGUUUCUGAUAAGUUAGAAUAUUGAUAACAAGUUUCAAAGUUGUGCCAAGUUAGAUAUAAUUAGGGGUGCCACUAAUUUGACCAGCAUGUUGGAGCGCUGUAGCUGCAGGAUGCAAGGAUAUGGCCUGAGCUCCUCUUUGUAAGUUUAACGAAUGAUUAGUUAGAGAUUAGCUUUCACAAAGUAGUUGCUGGUCUUCCUGGGGUCCAAAAACUUAAAAUCACAACACAAAAACAUUACAAUUGAACAAAUAAUCAAUAAUAAAUACAAGUACAGAUUCAAUUAAUGAUUCUUCACAACAUUAAAACAUUAAAAUCACUCCAAAAUCUGUGGUUUUUAUAGUUAAUUCAUACAUACAGUUUUGUUUUAAAGUCCUCUAAAAUAAUACCUACUGCUCCGAUUGAUUCCACAUUUCCUAAAAGAUAUAAAUAACACUGUUCUCCUUAUACAGUUGGACUUUAAGAAUGGAACAAUUAAAUGACCAGAGCUAACCUGUCAAGUGACACUUUGAUGACAAUAGCCAUUAACCCUUUGAGUAUGAUAGUAUGCAUGUAACAAAGAAUAUUUAUAUUUAGCUUGUUCUGGACCUUUAACCAGAUGGUAAUCACCAUAUUUGGGCUUCAUAAUGCCUCUUUAGAAAAUGUUUGGUACCUACAUGCUCUAUGCAAGUUGUAUCUAGUUUUACCAGCGUCGUAUGGGAUGUCUCUGAUGCCUGAGCUGGAUGGGCUCUAGAAGUCUUUGCUGCUAUUCUCCUUAUCUCAACUUUUCAUAAAACAGAAGAGUGGUGUGCUAUUUUUUUUGCCUGAUACAGAUCAUUAAUUUUCUUUGACUUAAAUGUAGUUCGUCCUCUCUGCUGUAUUAACAUUUGUCCUUCAGAGGGCUAAACCCGCCUUUUAAAGACUGUAAACCGUCGCUGAGAAAAGUCACAUUUUGAGUAAACCAUAUAUCAGUAUCAGCCUUGUGAAACUGGGACUUAAGACCUUCAAAAGAUGGGAUAAUGUCAGUGAGAGCGCUCCGUCUUCAAGAUUCACAACAAGCCUUAAAUUUAGCUCCAAGUCCUGAAUAGUCUCUUAACUGUACAGUGAUUCUCCGCUCUGCUGUGACCUGUUGCUCCUGGAUACGGGGUCAGAGGUCAGAAGUUUUUAUUUUGCAGCCUGCAGAGCGAGCGGAUACUCUGUGUUUGACAUUAUCAGAUUAUGGUUUUACAGGCAUUUCCUUUUGUGUGUGUGUGUGUGUGUGUGUACCUGCGGUUGAUUCAGACUGAGAUAUGUUAACGCUGAAACACAGAGAAAGGAGUGUGUGUGUGUGUGUGUGUGUCAGCCAUAUGUUUGCUAGAGCUAUGUGUGGUUGCAUCUCAUUGUUUACUCUGCUGCUCAGCUGUGACAUGCUGUGACUGAAGCCCAAGUUUGUUUGUGUGUGUGUGUGUGUGUGUGCAUCUGUGAGUGUCUGUAGAUCUCCUAAUCUGUGUGUGUGUGUGUGUCAUUUACAACUCUCAGCCCUAAGAGCUUAAUGCUCGUAUAACCGCUAUGACUCACAGCGAGAGGUCAACGACCCCGACUUGCUGAAAUAACAUCAGUGAAGGUGGAGGAAAGAGCCGCCAAAAGGCCCUGUGGCUGCAGAGAACGGACCCUCUCGUUUUUCAUCAUUAACCUCUGUUGUAGCUCGUGUCUUGUUUCUUACCUCUGUGUUUGUGCAGCAGUAACACUCCGGGUCAAAGUUACUUUCUGUGUUUUAGAGAGUCACAAUGAUAAAAUGAUUGAUUAUAAGAAAAGAGAAGAGCUGUUUGAUCGCUUAGAUGAUUUUCUUUUUGUGGGUUUGGUUGGGAUAAAAGGCUUCGUCUAAGAAGAAGAUGUCAGCUUUAGACACUUGCAUUAUGCCGAGAGCCACUAUGAUCAGUAUUUAGUAGGGCCCAACAGAUAUGGAUUUUCUUUGUUAGGGGGUUUGGUUGGGAUAAAAGGCUUCGUCUAAAAAAGAAGAUGUCAGCUCUAGACAGGCUUGCAUUAUGCCGAGAGCCACUAUGAUCAGUAUUUAGUAGGGCCCAACACAUUUCCGGUCCGGUCUCAUCUGGAGACAUGCAGCUGCCUCAGUAAGAGAAGUAGCUCGAUCAUUAAUGUGUACUGUUGUUUAUUGUACCGUUACUGGCUCGGCUAACAGUGUAGCAAGGCUAAUAGGAGAUGGCUAACUCUAACUGUAGCUUUAGCUUGCAUAUUACAUGGUGCUUCACCGUUAACUCAGCGUGACCGAGACCAGCACAGCGGGGAACAUGGUGAAGUGGGCUGAACUGAAACUUGUUGACUUAUUGUGUAUUUCACAAACUGGUUCACAAACUGCGCCAUCUACAGGAUAAGUCGGGGAACUUUUCAAAUGGCGGAACACUUUCGAAGUGAAACCGAAUCUUAUUCUCUGCAUUUUAUAUCUGAAAAUAUAGGUGAAAAUCAGCGAGUUUUGGCCGAUUACCGAUUAGUCUCAAACGGGCCAAAAUUGGCCGAUUUAAUCGUCACGCCGAUAAAUCGGUCGUGCCCUAGUAUUUAGCCAAAGAAGAUGACAUUUAAAGUGAUGCCCAGUAACUGCACAUUGCACUUUCCAAACAGAGCCCUCAUCUGGGAAACCUUUGGAAACUAAGAUGUAGACACAUUUGAGAUGCUUUCAGUCGCUAAGUGACAGUUCAAGUGGAAGGUUAACACCGAAAUGUUUCCUUUCCCUCUUCCCUAACUCUACGUCAGUCAUGUAGGAGAUUGUGUUGCAUGUGUCGUCUCCGUGUUCUUCAAUUAUUCACAAAAGCUAUAUUUAGCACAAAUGAAAUUGGCACCCUGUGUAUGAAAUCCAAUAUGUGAACGGCAGUGAGCAGUGACAGAUAAUUGGACGCCUUUGCCCCCUCGUGGAUUAUGUUCAGCAGGUUUUGUUGGUGUUGUAAUUAGUCGAUCAUUCAUCCUCCCAUUCAUGGUCUCAGUCCCCAGACCCAUUCCUGGUCUUAAGUUUCACUCUUUUGUCCGUGGAUUGUGAGGACAGACGCUGGGGAGGCCUGGAAUUUCAGUCUCGAACGGCAGGAUUUCCACAAUGCAGACAUUACUGAGAUAAAUAUACAGCUUUGCAAAAGUCUUGUACUUUACUUCCUGUCUACUUUUGUCUUUCACCAAAAUCAUAAAUCUUUUUUUACGGAGCUGAAGUUUUACAAGCGUAGAAACCAGAGUUUAAGCACUUUGGUGUAAAAAUUUCUCACAGUGUAGGUUAACAGACCCCUCAGACGGCUGGAGAGCCCUGCUGAGAAAACGGUCUUUGAGCAGCAGUUUGACAGCAGGUGACCUGAGUGUGAACAGGGUUACAGGGAAGCUUUGAAACACUUGUAAAACACAACCGCCUGGGAGUGUACAGAAGAGAAAACCGCUGUAUGUCAUGCAAAACCUAGAGGAACUUGGACGAUGUACAAUUACCCAUUAGCUAUAUGAGAUCUCUGGCAGGUCUUGGCCAUGUGCCUGUGGUAUUCACAUGGGCGCAAGUAUUAAAGAUGAAUGCAUUUUUUUAAAAAUCAUAAGACGCUCAGAGACGCCAUCAAAGAGCUUCAUAUUCACUCCCUGUAAGAACACAUUUAAAGGAAUUACUUAUAUGUCAUCAUACAGAAAAAACUUGUAUUUUGUAUCGUAUAAGAGAUGCAUCUCAUCCAUCCUCUCUCUGAUCUUCAUAUACAGUGCGAACUUUUCAACUGUUCCCGCUGUAAUGACCUGUUUUGGUUUUAAAUGCCACUUUUGAACACAGGAAAUCUUCUCGCUGUGUUGUCAUUAUGACUCCAGCAGCCUCUACUCCAUGCGGGUAUCAGCAGCAGCAGACAUAAAGGGGGAUGUUGACACAGACUUUUGACAGAGUUCAUGGUAUGUUGAUAGUUUGAUAGGGGCAGAUUACCUGUGCUAAAAAACUGUCACUCCAAAGGAACAAUAUGUACCACCAUAAUUAAAUGCAAUUUAGUCUUUUCCUUGUCAGUUUAUUCCCUCAGAGAGCGGACUACUUCUGAGUUCAGAGGUGAGACGGUGUAAGCCCUCGGCCACCCAAGGUUUGGCAAGUUGCCAUCUUUUUUUAAAUGUCUUUAAAAACUCACCAAAUCUAUAUAAUCUUGUUUGUUUCACACAAACACACCACCAGGUUGAGUUACAUUGUCAUUUUUAGCAUUCAAACAUCCAUUUGUUGUCAGUUUGCUCUGUGUUUGGGAUUUAAGAUUCAGCAUUUUAUGUGUUAAUAAGACAGAGAAGCAACCUUCUGAUCUGGUCUCAGUUACAUUUUCCUGCUUAUUUCCCUCUUUUGAAAACCUAACUUCAGGGUUGGAAGUGAUUUGAUCAAUUUCCAGGUCUUAAAAAGUUUGGAAAAUGAAAAAUAAAGUGUGUUUUCUGAAAUAGAAAAGAAGUAUUUCCAGAAAUAGUUCUAAAAAGUAGGGUAUAGAAAUUGAGACUGUGUAGGAACCCUAUAACCUGUAUAAUAAUCCAACCAUUAAGUUCCAUUAGAGGGCAGGGCUGAUGCUUGGAGCUAAUAAUUAACAUCCACUCGACAGAGUUUAUUACUACUCUGGGGUAUAUUAUCAAGUCUUAACUUAAAAUAUUGUCUUUCCAUGUAAAGACUAACCAGAGAUAGCUUUGAUCACUGAGUUUCACUGACUAAAGAAACACUAACAGGAAGUCAGCGCUUCAUAUCUCCAAACACAAAGUCACCUUUUCAGUGACUUGUUGUCAAUCGGCAUUCAACUGAUUUUAAUCAAACUGUCGAUUUUUGACACUUUCAGAGCAGACAGUGUCACAGUUAAUAGUGUUAACUUCCUCAGGCGCAGAGGGUCACUCAAAAACACCACAACAGAGCUCUGAAGAUGGUGUAAACUUAUAUAUAAAAACAGAAACAGCCCCUGAUCUCUUAUCUUGAAUAGAGUCACUGUUUCAAAGGUGCUAAGACUUGUUUUCUUGUUUGUUCCUUAGAGGGACAAACGUUCUCUCAAGUUUUAAUCAGACACCAACUUAAGACUGUCACAAGUUUAUGCUUGUGUUUGCCUCAAAGCAGAUGUUUUUCUUAUGAUUUAUUAAAGCAAAUGAUGCAGAACAGCUCGAUGAGAAGUUGAAGAAACCAUAUUUUUCCUCUGAUUAAACACAGAUAUAAAUAACCACUUAAAUUUGCUCAACUAACAGGUCUUCAGUAGCUCUUCUGUUAACUUUUACUUUGAGUAGUUUUAAUUAAUCUGUUUUUUCACUCCUUAAUAUUUUCUUUAAAAUAUAGUUCUCGGCAUAAAUGAGUACACCCCUUUAGAGUUGUCAGAAAACCUUUAGUUUGCUUUCAAAAUCAACAUUUUCUAUGUCAGACUAGACAACAAAAUACUUCCCUAAAUGUCGGCCAUUGAUUGCAAACAAGAAUUUUUUUUUAGUUGCAUAUAAAAAGUGUUUUUUUCAACUUAAUACCUGGAUGCAAAAAUGAGUACACCCCAAUCAAAGUUCUGGGAGCAAAGCUAAAUUUUAGUUACCAUAUCAACCUUUAUUUUCAUUUUAUGGUAAAUAAAACUUUGAAUAUUGUACUUUUGCUCAUCUAGAUAUUAAGUAAUACAUUCCUUUAAUAGGGGUGUACUGACUUAUACUGGGCACUGUAUGUUAUACUUUGCUUUAUUUUCAUAGUUACUAAGUAAAAAAGUUGACUCUACUCCUUCUUCCUCUGAUUACAAGUACUGGUUUCCAGUUUUUGCCCCGACUCCUCUUUACAUUUCCUCCCCUCUUCCUUGUUAGACCAAACAAACUUAAUCUUGCAGACAGAGGUCAGCUGGAUCAUCACUGACCCCCGGCAACGACAGAGAGCUACAGGAUAAAGUUGUCAAGCUCUUGUCAAGACAUUUAUACAUCUUAACAUAAGCAGCUGGAACCACUACAAGGACCAGGGUCUGCUGGUGCACAAAUGACCAGAGUUCAUAUCUAUCAACAUCUGAGGUUACGUCCACAAAAUGCCCAUCUUUAUGUUAAACCCUGGAUCUGUUGGAAGGACACUUGCACAAACCUCCUGCUCCUUUUAACGCUAAGCCUCUGUUAGCAGACAUUGAGGGUCUCUGUCAACUGAUCACAUAGCCCGAGUGAAAAACUAGUCUGGACAAGAAAGUGAGGUCUGAGUUACUGUGUAACCACAGAGCAGGGAAGAAAAAGGAGGUCUAAACUGGUUUGAACAAUAGAUGACACCAUGUAGAGCAAGGACAAUGCAUGCAGGAGUUUGAGGUUGUGGAUAAAAUCAAACUGGAGGAAGGAAAUAGGUUCAAGACUUUGCGUGAUGCAAUCCCUCUUAAUUGACAUUGUCCCCUUUUUUAUGGAAAACACAUUCAUCUGAUUAGUUUGCAAUUACGUUUGAUUAUAAGCUUGCUGUGGUAAAAUGUGGCUGGAUUAUAUCUGAUCAUUUAAAUUGAGCAAAAAAGGAUUAUCAUUAUUGACUAUAAAUGAGGUCAAAUCACAGUCAAAACUUUUCCUUUUCAAUGUAAAUAGUUUGCGUUUCUAAAACCAGAUCUGUAGUCGUCCUAUUAUCAUGUUGAAACAAAGCAACCGAGUCAAGAGGAACAAAUUGCCCCCCUCUCUUUAAAACCUCUGAAAGCAUCAGUAUUGUAGGCUGAAAGGAGAGGCUGCUGUAAUUCUAAGGUAAAAGUCAGCAGGAGAGAUCGCUUUUCAGAGUCUGUGACAAAAGGAGAAGGAGGGGGAAGGAGGAGUCAGGAGGGGAAAUAUCGCCAAGGCAGCCAAUACGGAGCACACCUCCUCCUGCUAGCCCCCCUUUCCUCUUUUGAAUGGGGCACUCCUCCUCACUUUUCCUCUCUGCCUGGUGGAGUGUGUGUGGAGUCAGGGCUGGAAGGAGUGUGUGUGAGGGGGGCUGCAUGGACAUGUCAUAGUUCACACUGGGAGCCUGAUCAAGCUGGUGGACGUGGUUAAAACUUAACAUCAUGCCCAAGAUGAGGACCCACUUUGGAGUUUUGUUUUUGUUGGCCUUUUUGCCAGUCCAGUUGGAUGCUUGGUUCUGGUCCUGGACUGGUACUACAACUCUGGCCCCUACAGUGGAACCUGAGGGGUCUGGCAGUCCAGCAGGUAGUGGAGAACCACCAUCAGAGAAUAUUGCAAGGGGUGGACCGGAGAUCAUUGACGAGGGGCAUGAAGUUGCAAAGGUUGUGCAGGCUUGGGAUGGGACCACAGAGGCUCCUCAACUGACCCCUCUGAGACCUGCAGUACACCCAGACAAUAAACCUGCUCCAGAAAGAGGAACCACAAGGAUUUCAUCUCCAAACCGUGGAUCUGGUAAUGGCAAAUCUCUUAAGGGUAUGGGUUCUGGAGGAACUGAUCAUUUAAUUUUCACAGAAAGUGUAUUGGGACUUGGAUCCGGGCUUGGGCCUGGUUCUGAAUCGAGGUCUCAGUCUGGAUUUCCAACAGGAGCUGACUCUAGCUUGGGAUCUGGCUUUGAGGCACAGGGGUUUGUAGAGGAACACCAAAGAGGAAUGGUUAUUCCAACCGAUUUUAGAGGGUUAGAAAGUGAAGCCGUCACGGUGUCAGAACCAAAUGAUCUUAAAUUAGAGGGUCAGAACAGAGAGGGGAUAGAUGGUCCUGAAUCUGAGCAAAAUCUUACUGAGUCUUUGGAAAAUCCCAAUAAAAGUGAAAGAAAUCCAGAACCUGUUGACCUUAGUUUGUACUCAAGUGGAAAGUCUACCUCAGAGGGUCCACUUACCCCAAAUUUUAGCAACAGUUCUGGAGAAACUGUCCAGGUUACUGAGGAAAACCAACGAAUUAAAGCCUCUGAUGAAACAGUAGCUGACCAGGAGGCUCUACCCACCAAAGUAUUCCAGAGAACUAGCCAGACAACUUCAACAACGCUGUCUCCAUCUAAAACCCAACCAGUUAUCAAAAGUCCAACCUCUACCUUAGAGUCCAUAGCUGCAAUAUUUACAACGAGCCAGAAUGUGGCUACCAACCCGACUGGUCACAGCUCUCAAACAUCAUUAGGUGACCAAGAACCUAGCCUAGCAACUUCCAUUGGCCCGACAGCUGAAAGCCACCCAGAAGCAGCUAAAUCAGCACUUCUCAUAGAAAGUCCACAGUGCUUGUUGUUAGAUUCUGCUCUUCCUUUCUGCUCCUCCAUGACAGGAGGAAGAGUUUCUGUUCCUAAUCAUCUAAACCAGAGUAGUAUAGAGGAAAUUAAGGUUCUCCUUGAUACAUGGGCAUGGUUGUUAAAGUCACAGUGCCACCAUAGUCUGGAGUGGUUUUUCUGCCUUCUCUUGGUACCAAAGUGCAAUUCUCCAGCCCAACGACCGGCUUUGCCUUGCCGAAGUUUCUGCGAAGUCUUGCGCGACAGUUGCUGGGCACUCCUGGAUGAUGGUCGCCUCCCUGUGGAGUGCCACACUCUGCCUGACGUGGAGGAUGAAGGGUAUCAGUGCUUGUCAGUUAGUAACCAGAAAGGUAAUCACUGGUUCAACACAAAUAAAACAUUUGGGAUUCAUGUUGAACCAGUUUUUAGUAUCUCUACUCCCCAGUUUGUCUGGUGUGUCGUCCCACUACCAAAACACCCAAUCUCCCACCAAAAAAACCCACCCUCUGCCCUGUCAGCCCAACAAGUUCCCCGGGUGUCGGUUCCCACGCACAGGAAAAUCUUUCAUAAUUUAAAAUAAGCAUGCUUAAAGAUUUAAAGGACGCUCUAACAAGCAUGGUUCCAGCACUCCUUCAGAUGUUGCAUGUGUUUCCCCCUGUCCUUUGGUUAACAUUUGACUCACUAUUUGAAGGUCAUUAUAACACAGAGAGAGACACACACAGAGACACACAGACUAGUCAGUUUAUGGUUCACUGCCAAACCAACUGAUGUGAAUUUCCUCUCAAGGUAAUCCAUUCCAAGGGUAAUAUUUUGCUAACAUGUGGUUUUCUACAUUUUAUAUACACUGUCCCCCGGUGAAAUCGCCGCGGUGACAGACAUAUAAUCCAUUAUGUUCAAAGCUUUCCGGUAAACUUCAAGCAUGACAAGCCUCCAAAAAAGAUGAAUUCAAAGUAUGUUUUCCAGUUUAAAAGCCAGAAAACACAACAGAGAUGUUUUUGUAGUUUAAUUUUGAAGGAUUACUUAGAUGCUUAUUUACAGCUGGAAUAUCUAUGUUCUUGUAAAUUCAUUGCUGAGUUUGAUUUACUCUAUUAGCUCUUGUAAAUCUUAUGGAUGUAUAUUUCAUAAACAACAUUGUGCAUGAAAUACUGUGAAUAAUUUGGCACGCAGCGUAGCAUGUCUUCUCUGACAGUGAGUGGCUUGCAGGCAGCUUGAUGUGCAUUGGCCGUCCAGGAAUGAGCAGACAGAUCAGGUUGUCAUGCAUGGGGAAGCAUUCAUGUUUACGUCAGCGGUUUUAAGUAAGACAUCAGAUUGUAACAGUAACAAGGAAACGUUCUUGACAGCUGGGAAUUUAUCAAAUGUAUGAUAGAAAUUUGAAGAUGGGAAGCGAAGAGUUAGUGCUGUGAUUCAUGUGAGCACCUUUUACUGCGCUCUGCUCUCUUUGUUCAUAUCAGUGGUUGUUUGACAUCCUGUCUUUUUACAGUGCCGCUAUCAUUUUGACGCCCCGCUUCAGUGACAGACAUGAGUGGACAUGAUGUCUACAGUCGCAAGACUAAGUCCAGCAUCAGGGCUGGAAGAACUUUGCAUUUAUUUCAUCUGUUUCAAGUUUUGUGCAGGACAGUAUUGUUUUUUUGUGUGUUUGGGUGGAAGUUAGUUUUCUCCUCUUUUAUCCGGACAUGUCCUCUUUUUUUGGGGCUGUCUGGGUUUGUCCAGAGAAGUUUAUAAAAUCCUUUGAUUGUCCGCGGUUUUGUACGCAAGUAUCGAGUUUGUGUUAUGUGGACACUCGAUCCCACCGAAAAAUUAUAUAAAUUAACUUCGUGUGACUUUGUGACUCCAUAUGGUCACCCUAGUUUUCUCCAUAACCUACCACUUAAACUUGUGGUUAAGUAUCUGACUUGACUACUCCAACUGGUGUCCUCAAGACCAAAUGAGUCAAAAAUAUAGAUUGGAAUUAUUAUAUUUUUAUCAGGACUUUUAUCAUUAUCGCCAGAAUGGCAAAUCUUAUCAUGAUGAAUUUUUUAGCCCAUAUUGCCCAUCCCUGCUUCAGACCUGGGUGAUAAGAAAUAAGAGAUAAAAAGGUAUAAAGACUCGUGAAAAGCUCCAUAUUUAUGCACAGAAAGCUUUAAAAAGUUCUAAAUACAUGUGGUGUCUCCUUGACUUAUCAGUCCUGACAUUACAAAUGGACCUGAGGGGAAAUCAAAGGUAUGAUAUUACUGGCAUUUUCCCCCAGAGCUUUUAUGGGUUCUCAUGAGGCUGGUUCACAGAUCAUCACACAGAUGUGUGUGAUGGGUUAUCCACUGUUAGUCAAGCCUCCAGGUAUCACUUCACUGCUAUCAGUCACACUAAAUCAUUCUGAGAUUGACGGCUGAGACCAUCUGGGUUUAACCACCCAAAGAAAGUGACUUAAAAAAUGAACCGAUGGAUGUUACCUGUUGAAGAGAUGGUUGAGAUUGAAUCCUGAGGUUUGGUGUAACCAGAUAGAGAUACUACUUUUCUCUGGGAGGUCCUUUUGCCCUAAAAUCUAGAAGAUUACUGUUCAGCUUCUCAAUCAAUGACACAUUUCCUGAAAGCAUUAAAACCUCACAUGGUUUCUCUUAACAGACGGUCUCAUACGUCGAUCUUAAAGUCUGUUCUGGUGAAUUCUUAUGGUGGCAAACAAGUUGGCAGGCUUCUACACAUAACAAGCGAAGGAUAAUGAAUCUUAAACCUCUGUUAAUGUUUGCCUUUCGGCUUCAUGCCCCAGUUCAUUAGCUGAGUUUUGUAGAUUUUAUCUUUUGGGAUCAGAGCGGCUCUCACUUUUCAGCGUAUGGGAAGUUGUAUGUUUUCCAUAUAGUCUGCAGCUGUGUUUGUUUGAUGUGGAGGAGGAGGAGGGCACUCAUACACCGCUUUUGUUUUGGGCUUUAAUGCCAUCCCACUCCCACAUCAUUUAACUAUAACCUGUCAUGCAGGAAUGUCUCCUGAUAUACUCGUCUUGGGAUGAAAUUUAAUUUAAAAGCCACGGGCAUGGAGCGAAAAAACCCACUGUGGAGCAGUUUUUACACUGAAAUGCAGGAGAUUUCUGUGGGAAGAUUGCAGAGAUUUCAGCGUAUGCAUGAAAGCUUUGCGAGAAAUCUGUCAGAUUUGAUCCUUUUACAACAAGGAGGGGGCUUCCCUGGUAGUGAGACAGGAUUGUUAGCCCACAAUAGCCCCUUUAAUGAUGUUUUUCCAUGGUUACCAGACUCCUGCUGGAAAGAUGAGCAGUCAUUCAUAUCAGGGUGCAGAGGUCAGCUGCAAUUUAUUUUGCUUGGCUCUUGAAGGUCAUAGUAUAUCUUGUAUAUUACCUCUGUAGCACUGGAGGUUAUUUAUUUGUAAUUAAAGUGAAUCCAGUCCCCAGACUCCUCUGCGGUGGUCUGAGAGCAUGAAAGGAUGUUAUCGUUUCAACCUAAACAACAGUCCUUUGGUGGUAUCAGGCUGUAGUCUGUGUAUAUUUAGUCUGUGUUUUGUGGCUUGAACACCCUUUUGGUGGUCUAACACUGAUUUGUACCAACACGGUUCUGUCGAGCGGAGAUCGGUGUUGUGUGUCAUGAGAGGAAAGCCCAAAGCUGCUUCCAGUUCUUGAGCGGGCCGCUUGCCAGGGAAUCAUUCUGAGUUGGCUCCCAGGAGGGUUCCAAUUAUGGGCACAGUGUAGUCCAGAGUCUUGGCUGCCAGGAACUUGAUUGCCCCCCCUUGGUUUGUGAUGAGCUAGUACAAAACAAGAACUGAUGAGACAGUUUGCAGGGAUCAUAACCCAGAUUUUAACUCUUAUUUAACAGUUUCUGAGCGAGAGCAUUUUGGAAUAAACUUCAACACGUGUUAUGAGGCUGGUAGUGGUUUGUUUACACACAGCAUGUCGUCUUAAAACUUUGUUUCUUACAGGUAGAAGAACUUAAACCAUAUCAUGUUACUCCUUCUCCAAAGAAUAAAGGGCACAGCUUGCGGUAGGCCCGUCUUCCUCUGUGUGGUUUUGGGAAUUACAGUCUUCAGUGUGAGCCAACAUGAAGUCUCCUUCCUGGCCUAGGAUGUGGUUUUUGGUUUGAUAUCUUUUUCCGAACAUUCUGCAUCAACGGGUUAAAGAUACUCCGAUAUUUGCCCAGAGGCUGACUCGAUAUUGUUGCCAAAACAAAGGAAAAUUAAUGCAAAAUAUCCUGUGUUCAUUUUAUCUUCUAGUUGAGGGAAACAGCAGGUAUCACACCUGAGCAAAGGACUCAAUUUUGGUCGUAAAACAAUGAGAGAAUUCUUAAGGUCCUUGAAAACCAAGAGGGACGCAAAUAUACAAAAUUACAAAAUUAUCAAGCACGAUGCGAUUUUGCAACUUUCCAGGGGGAAAAAAAGACGCGUCCCGGAUGGAAGCGAGAAGACUGACCCAACAGCAGACUGACUGUUUUUCAGUUCUGAUUAGACUCUAGUGUUGAGAUGUCUGUCCGUCAUGAUAGCAUGUACUGAGUCGGGGUCAGUACCAGAUAAGCACAAUAAACUAUAAUCCAUAAACGUAAGAUAACAACCGAGACCUAAUGGUGCUGUGACAGCAAAGCGAUUAAGUUUGAGACAGUGAAAAUAUAUAUGGUAUGUUGUAUCUGAACAGGUUAGCUUAUGAGCUAGAGUUACUUAGCACAGAUAAAAGUUAAAACAAAGACGUUUAGCAAACUGUUAAAGCACACAAACCAUCGUCAAAUGAGAAAUCUGACGCUAUAGUUGUCCUUCAGGUCGUUAUCUUUGUAAUAUUUGUGUUUUUUAUCAAAAAGUACUCUGUUCUUCGACACGUAAACCAUCAGCCGUGUUGGAUAUACCGGUAAAUCUGAUGUCACAACAACACGAAAUCUGAUUGGUCAGAAGUGGACACACAGUAUGCAAAACUUAAGAAUAUUCCACCGUGAAACGAAAAAAUAAAUGCCGCAAUAUCGCAGGACGGGAAAACGUCGCUAAUGUGACCGCUUGUAUUGAUCAGUUCACCUCGAUAACGAUAAAUGGACGAUAACUACUCCACAAGCUGCUCACCCCCUCACACAUUAACUUCGUCUACUUCAACCGUCCUCCAUCUCCUCUCCUGUCUUUCCCUCUUUGUUACGGACUGGAUGGGGUGCAGUCAUGUCUCUGAUGUAGGACAGCGUCUUAGAGACCAUAGCCAACCUACACACAUCCAAAACCAACUUUUAUUUAUCUAUUUUUUGACACUGAAUAUAUAGACAUGGGCAGAAUGACGUCGAUUAUUGUUGUAAAUUUCAGUAUCGGUAAAUUUUUGGUUUAUCGCCCAGCCCUAUUAUGUUAUAUCAUUAUUGGUCUAAACCGCCCAACUAUUAAUGCUCCCUCCAUCAAGAUUGACAGCUACUUCUUCAGUAGGCGGUCUGCUGCAGAAUAGAGUGACAAGGUCCGUGAUAUCUAUCCAAUAACUUCAGUAAUGUUGACUCAGUGAUGUGCAUAACAAAAAUGAUGACUUCUGAAUCUCUGGUUGCAUUAGAUACAUUUUAAAAGUGCUGCUGUGUGAAAACUCUUGUCUGAGUCUUCAAAGCUGCAACUCAUGAAAACACGUCUGACAUGGCGUCUAAAUUUACCAGACAGAUUUGGUUCCUUAGAGUACUUCGCAAUCAAUCAUGAUUCAAUUUUCUUGUCUCUGGAGGGUGAACUCUGACCCUCCAACACAAACCACUGACAUUUUUUUUUUUUGCAAAGUGAGAAGAGAGAUUAUUAGCCUUGUCAGCAGGCCUCCAGGGAUGUUUGAAAUGGUGAUGGAGCGCAGAGAGAGGAACCACAGAGUUUCUAGGACUGACCAGAUGGUCAAAUGUUUUCCCGUGGAUAAAACAGAAUCCUGUACACCCCAGAGUUGUAUGUAUAGCCUCUCUCUGUUUAUACAUUCUCUUACUGUAUAUACAGCUUUAUCAACAGGGCAUCACAAACUGUAGCACCCCAUCUUGGGAUCUUGGUAUUGUUGGAAAAAAAAGGCUCAUUCCUGGUUAGUGAGCCGCCUCCUCGACAAGACAAACUAGCACCAUAAACCCAGCCGCCCCUCCAUUCAUCAACAGUCCUUUUCUAAGCUAGAUUGGCCUUGAAGCCGUCAUCGGUCAACAAAAGCUAUUUGGAAAAGCUGAAUUGAGAUAGCACUUAAAAUGCUAAUGGUGAGCCUUUUGCAUACCUCGCAAUUUUUGAUCUUUGAGCAGGAGUGACUGGCCGGGUCUUUGGUGACAAAGCAGGCGCACUGAACGGGCUUUAGUGUAGGAAUUCCUUUGCAAGUCGAACACAGGUCAAACCUUUUAGAUCUGGUCAUGAAGGCGUCUUCAUUUGCAGUCACAUGGAUACAUUUUUUUUUUUGGAUGAAUCGAGUUUUUAGUAGGGUGACCAUACGUCCUCUUUUACCCGGACAUGUCCUCAUUUUUGGGAGCUGUGCAGCUUGUCCAGGGGAGUUUAUAAAAUCCCUCAAAUGUCCGGAAGUUUUGAGUUUGUGUCAUGUAAAAAACACUCGACCUGACCUGAAAAACUCUCAAAAUCAACUAUGUGCAACUCUGUGACACCGCCCCAGCGUAGUCAUGUCCUCUUUUUGGGGAUUCAGAAUAUGGUCACCUUAGUUUUUAGUGAAUUUAAAACAUCAUUUGUUUGAUUAUCUUCUAGUUUACACAUAGUGGGCUUCCCCUGCGUCAUUUCUGUUCCUAGGCCUUAAAACCGCACAUCUGUUUGGUACGAAUGAUGAGUAAUAGGUGAGUUUUUUUCUCUAAUUAGGGGUUUGAGGAGCACGGAACAUGAGUGCACGUGUAAAGAUGUCUGCUGUUCAUUUGGCAAACGCAGAAGAUCAGCUGUUCGAAUUACAGGAGAAAGAGCUGGUAAGGCCUGCUGCAUGCUGGGAGACAACCAGACUUUGUCCUGGAGAUGCGCCUCACAUUCCAGCUUAUUAGAGGCUUUGAAGUUUGAUUUGCAUGCAAAUCAGAUUUUAUUUACGACCUGUUGAUUUACACAGAAGAAGAUGCAUUUUGUGAUAAUUAUCAAAGGAAGCAGACAUUUCUCAUCGCACAAGUUUCAAAUCCAAAGCAGAGUCAUUGCAGAAAUAGUGGGAGUAAGUGUUGUGGAGUCAUCUCUCAGCCACCAUAAAAGGAGGACUACAAAUUAAGAUAACAUGCUUUCCCACAUGAUGGAUUUCACUAGUGAAUUACAACAAAGUUUUGCCUUUUUCAACCCUGCUCUGGCAGAGAUUGUGCACAUGCGAGGGAGCCAGGUUCAGACAUGUGAGCACAGGCCCGCUGAAGAGACCCUUGAGGUUUCUCAUUCUGACUUUAUCAGAGUAAACAUCUGGUUGGCCUGGUGCAAAUGACACUUUGUUGUUUACUGCCAUCCAUGCAGCUGUCCAAGACCAUCAGUCCAUCUAAGGUCAUCUCACAGUAGGAUAUGUCUUUUUUUUUAACCAGGUCUUUGCAUUUCCAGAUUUUACAUUAGAAGAAGGUUUUUAAACCGAAAACUCUUGUAGUGUCUGCAACAUUUAGACAAACAGAUAGGCAACAGUAGGGCUGGGCGAUACAACGAAAAUUUACAGAUACCGAAGUUUUGUACAUGUCAAUAUAUUCGGUGUCAAAUAAAUAAAUAAAUUUAAAAAAAAAAGUUAGUCUUGGAUUAGUGUCAUGGCUAUUUCUUAUAAGUUUGCAGAUAAUUUUUACCUUGAAGUGUCUUGAAAUGUAAAGUUUAUUCACACAAAAAGCCAAUUAAAAAAUGCAUUUAAACUGUGCAACUCUGGCUCCACAUCCAGGUUCUCUCCCUGUCUGGAUCUGCGUUUUUUUGCAUCACUUUGUCACACCUAAUGUCCCGCCCACAAUGCAAACUGAUUGGCUAAGUGAAACUAAUCAACUCCUAAUGAUGUUGAAGAUUUCGGCAGGGCUGGGCGACAAACCGAAAAUUUACCAAUACCGAAAUUUACGAGAAUAACCAACAUCAUUUUGCCCAUAUUGGUAAAAAAUGAAUAAAUAAAGUUGGUAUCUUUUGAAGACGCUGCCCUAUCAUUCUUUUAUCGUUAUCGAGGUGAACUGCUCAAUAUAUCUUGAUAUUGAUUUGAGGUCAUAUCGCCCAGCCCUAGGCAACAGUCUGGCAUCCUUGUCCAUGUUUGUGGUGUUGAACUACCAGGUCAAAGGAUAGUGAUGAGCAUACACAGAAUGCAAAAACUAGUUGAAGCACAGUUAAGAUGCAUAAAUGUUGUAUUAGGUUUGUUUGUUUGACUUCAAUUGGACUAACACGUUAACAUUUAAAGAUCAGUCAGCAGUUUUUUAACACCCUGUGGUGGUUUUAUUGAUUUUUGUUGCCAAAUACAUAACCCGAGCUUCUUAAAUAAGUUCUUAAAAAUGAAACAUCUCUUUUUCUUUUCUUUAACCUCUUAUUUAAAAGUGCUUUUCCAGAUUCAAGGGGAUUUUAGUGCAUGUAAGAAAGAUCACAUGGAUGUUACAUAUUAAGAACGUUCAGAGCGUUCAGUGUUAAACUCUCUUCGUGCACAAGACUUGUAGUUAAAGAGGGAAUCUGCAUCCGUAACACUGGAAAGUAUUUUUAUUGCUGUCCUGUUACAGCUUGACUGAGUUCUCUGUGAGCUCCGAUUCAGAAUGAAAGCAUCUUCAGUUCUCAGACGGCGUGCAGCAACAUUCAGACUGGUGUUUGUGGUCGUACAGCAGAAAGCAGGACCUCAGGGUUCAGCUAAACACCUCGUGUGUUUAAGCUCCACACAAAGCCAAGUGUCGACCCCACUGAGCUCCAGCACUCGAGGCGGUGGGGAGGCUUUGAACCGAGCAAUAGAGCUCGCACAUUAACCACCAGGUGGUAAAGCAAAGCAUUUCUUCAAAGCAGCAGACGCUACGUCAAGCGUUAUCCCAAAACAGUGAUUUUUCUUUUCAGCCCAGGGAAACAUUACUUUUUGAUCAGACAGUUUUGACUCCUAAUGAAUAGACGUCUCCAUGCUGUAUUUUGACAGAAUACACAUCGCCCUUUGUGCUCUCUGUAUUUCCUACAAGCCUCAAAUUAUUAUGCAGUGACCUCGCCAGAGUCACCCAGGGUGAUGGAGGAGCGAGUGGAGAUAUGCAGGAGGCCCAGCUGUUGGUCCCUGCAUGCCCUCCAGCAGUGACAUUUAGCAGCUGUCACUAAAUUCUGUGGAGGCUUUUGCAUUUUUUUUCAGUGUCUUCAGGAAUAACUCCCAAGAAAAAACAGAAGUUUUGUAGAUCCAGAUCAUUCAGUCUUGUCAUCUAUUAGCUGUAGCUCUGUGUGGGUUUUCCACAUAAAUAGUUAAAUUUUAAGAGCUCAGACAACUUCAGGGUCACAUCUUUAUUUCAGAUAUGAAGUUUUGCGUGGGCUGUGUGCGCCUUUAGUUUACAGAUCUUGUCGGCUGCAGUGAUCCGCUUUUGUCCUUUUCCUUUUUUGGUGACGUCAAUUCCUCAUUUCAGUCGAGACGUUAUAAAACAGUUUGUUUGUGGACUCCUGAACGGAGUGCUGCAGCAGAGAUGCUCCAAACAGCUGAGAUCAGGAUAGUUCUGGUAACCUAGUAUUAAUACUGAAGGUAUCUUAAAGGGAUAUUCCAGCGUAAAAUCAAUUUAGGGUAACGACUGCAAGAUAGCAAUACACAGCGGUCUGAGGAGCCAUAAACUGACCGCAACCAAAACACCACUCUAUAGCCACAAAUAAUGCUCAGAACAGCACCUAACUUCAUCAACAGUACAUACAAGGUCCCAGCCAUAGUACUAGCCACCAAACAUCUUUUUAACUUUGACUAAUUUCUUUAGCAAAGAUACGAAAAUCAACUCACCUACUCUCUUCCAGCAGCCACUUGUUUAUAGUGAGUCCUUUACGGACUACAGCGGGGUGCCGCAGCUCAAGAAAGAACAUUUAUGAUCAUUUCUUUAUGGAAAUACAAUCAGACUGAGACACUAAGGCAGAAGAACUACCGCGUCUGCAGUGCGAAAUGAUUAAUAUGGUGAUUAUUACUUCAAGGAAAUGAUAAAGAAAUGAUCAUAAAUGUUCUUCCUUGAGCUGUGUAACCCCACAGCAGUCUGUAAUGGACUGGCCUGAGGUCUCGCUACAAACAAGCAGCUGCUAGAAGAGAGUAGGUGAGUUGUGUUUAGUCUCUUUGCUAAAGAAAUCAGUCAACGUUAAAAAGAUGUUUGGUGUCUAGUACUAUGGCAGGGACCCUAUAUGUUCUGUUGAUGAAGUUAGGUGCUGUUCUGAGCAUUAUUUGUGGCUAUAGAGAAGGGGUGUCUAACUCGAUGUUACAGUGUGUUUGACCAUAACCUAAUUUUACGCCGGAAUAUCCCUUUAAGAUCCGAAGAUCAUCAACUCAUUUCUGCUUGUCCAAGAAAGACACAAAUACUAUCAUAUCGUUUGUUCCUGCAUCAUUCAGGCACACUCACUCUAAGUCGUCUGCCUGCAGCCUCAGAUCCUGGUCUAACCUGAUACCCUGUCAUGCAGCCUUCCCUUCUAACCUUCACUUGUUUCCUACAAACUUUGGACUCACAUCCUUUUUCUCCCCCUUCAGAGGAGAGUGGCGUCUCCCUGCUGCAGCUGAUCGGGGAUCCCCCUCCAAGAGAGAUCACGCAGGAGGUCUACGGUCCAGAUAACAGCCCUGGAUACGUCUUCGGUCCUGAUGCGAACACAGGCCAGCUGGCUCGGGCCCACCUGCCGAGUCCCUUCUACCGGGACUUCGCCCUCAUCUUCAACCUGAAACCGACUUCUGACAAGGCCGGCGUCAUCUUCUCCGUCACUGAUCCCUCGCAGCAGAUCAUGUAUGUGGGAGUGAAACUGUCCGCCGUUCAGGGCGGAUACCAAAACAUCAUCCUGUACUACACAGAGCCCGACUCGCAGCAGUCCUACGAGGCGGCCAGUUUCCGCGUCCCCUCCAUGAAGAACACCUGGACUCGUUUUGCCAUCGCUGUGAGAGACGAAAAGGUGAUGUUCUACCUCAACUGCGACACAGACCCUCAGGUGACGCGCCUCGAGAGAUCGCCUGAUGAGAUGGAGCUGGAGGCCGGAGCUGGAGUCUUUGUUGGGCAAGCUGGAGGAGCAGAUGGCGCCAAGUUUCUGGUGAGUACACAGGCUUCGGACUCAUAUACAGGUCCAUAAAAUCAGGGUAUGAAAUCAAUGAAGAACCACACGACGUAACAAUAAUGAAGCUGUACUUUAUUUACUUUAUUUCAGUGGGAAUAAAGAGAGCUCAGUGUUGCUUCCAGAGGCCUCCUGCUGUGUGUGGAGUCUCUCGUUCUCAUUUUCUGUUUCUAGUCAUGUGUAACAUCUUGGCUGAAUAACCCUCCCAUGAUUUAAUUGCUCAAAUUGGCUUACCCUAAACCACAACAUAAAUGUCUACAACAGCUCUCCAUCCUCCUGAGAGCGCUCUGCAAAUAAUUGGAAGACCUCACAGUUGGGAUUUUAUUAACUUCAGUCAUUUGACUGUCAUAAAUCUCAGCAGUUGACCGCAACAACUGUUGACCCGAGCCGUUCAGGGGCCAAAGCAGUUCACCCAGGGCUACCUGCAUGAGACAACAAGUAACUGCUGGUCUAGGAAUGGAUGUGGGAAAGUACUUAAUGCAACGCUCGAACAGUUUAAGUGCAUAAAUUUGACAUUUUACCAUAUCUAAAAGACUUUUAAUCUAAAAAUGAUGCUUUUGUGUAGUUUUUGCUACACUCUAAAAAGUGCUGGGUUAUUUUUUCUACCCAGAUGCUGAGUUGAGCCUAGAGGGUCAUUUUUCUGGGUUAUUUUCAGGGACUUUGGUAGUUUUUGUGCAACCCAGCUGUUGGGUAGAGCGAGUCACAGUCGCAAUCUCCUGCGUCAAGCCAGCUUCUAUGUCAGACAUGACCCUAUAUAAAAAAAACAACCCGGCUGCUAGGUUAGCUGGUUGUGACCGUUAAGGACAAGUGAAGCCGGCAGUUAUCUUCUAUAGACUCCUACUUCUGUGGGUGACAAAUUGACACCCUUGUUGAAUUUUGCUAGGUUGGUAGGGCAGUAAUUGUACACACUCCUCUUGAGGUAUUUUCAGAAAAUAAAAUUUGCCCAAAUGUUUUUAUUUAUUUAUUUAUUUUUUAUUACCAAAUCUUCCAUUUUUAUAGUUGAUGUGUUUCAAAAAAGUUCAUAUUGGCUUUAUCUUCAUUAAGAAAUAAACUACACCUUGAUCUUCUUUUUAAGAGGAAGACUAGUACUUCUUCACAUGGGCUUAACUUUUAGAUAUGUUGACUUUUUAGGUAUGGAAAAGGAAAAGUAAGUUACCUUUUAUAUUGUAAUCUUUAUAUCCACUAGACUCCACUGACAUUUAACCUUGAAACUGCCGAUAUUGACUUUUAUUUUUACUAUCCUGUUUUCUGCUUUCAAGCCCCCUUUAAUUUGGUUUUCUUUUUCUUAACUAUUUUAUGUUUUUAUUUUCAUCCUCAUGGUCUCAUUUUAUGUUGCAUGGUUCUUGUAUUGUCUGGGUUCCUUAUGAAAAUGGCCUUUAAUUCUGUUUCAACUGAGCUUUUUGUUUUUAUCUCUUUUUCCAUAUGCUCUAUGACUACAUGUCAAAGCACUUUGUAAACUUCUGUUUUAAAAGUGAUAUAAAAAUAAAGUUAUUAUUAUAAAUGACUUAGAAUAGGGGUGGCACAGUGGUGUAAUGGUUAGCACUGUUGCCUCACAGCAAGAAGGUCCUGGGUUCGAAUCCGGGUCAAGGUAUUUCUAUGUGUAGUUUGUAUGUUCUCCCUGUGUCUGUGUGGUUGAUUUAACCAAGUAAAUGAGUUGAAGAAUUAACCCAGCGUUGGUUUGGUCCAAUAGUUACCCAGCAGCAUAUUUUAGUGUUUAAUGAACUUAAUGAACCUCCACUUUUUGUCAUUUUUGCCUUGGAUCAUGUGAUCUCUGGUUCAUGUGUGUCUCUGUAUCCAAAGCUCCAACUCUCCAGUGUGAGCUGCACUCCCAGGUUAGACGGACAAAUCACAGGCUGUCCUUUUGUUCUUUGUAUCAGUCAUGUUGAGGUGACAGUUGAACCUUUCUUGUACAGCAGCGGAGAUUUACGACAGAGAUCUGAAGCGAUUUGUCGGACAAAGACUUUGACAUGUCUGCUGUAUGUUGUACCAGCAUUUAAAAGCCUUUGUAGAGUCGGGGUUUAAAUGUCAAAGAGCCGUCUCUAUUUAUCUUCAAAGCUCUCUAAAAAAGUCCAUUUGACUUUUUUUCUCAGGACAUAAAUGUGUCCUGAGGAGUCGACUUCAAAUAACCCUGCAGCAGAGAGAGAAACCACCUCCCCAUACAGAGCUAAUGGCCCUUUGAUAGGCUGUCAGAUAGCAUUCAUGCUAUCCGUGUGGGAAACAUGUAUCAGAUCAUAUGUGUGGGACAAAGAUAGCGGUACUUCACAGACUCUGGCGAUGACUGCAGACAUCAAUAGAGUCUCUCAUUAUGAGGAAAGAGGGAAUUCCCAAAAUAAUAUUACUGGCAGAACGUUCGUAAGCUUCCAUAAAUAGAUGCUGAGAAAAAGCGCUGCUCUGAUAUUAUCGUAUUAAAACUCUCUGUGUGUCCUUGUUCUGCAACAGGGGGUCAUCGGAGAACUGAGGGUGGUGGGAGACCCCCGCGCUGCUGAGAGACACUGUGAGGAGGAUGAAGACGACUCUGAUAUGGUAAGAGACACACUCUGACAACAUGGAUACACGCGAUGCUGCGUGACAAGAGGGUAAGAAAAGAUGAUUACCUGUUCUGAACCAUAGACGAUGUAAUAAUGAUAAAUCAGAGACCCUCAAAGCGCUUUACUAUGGCCUCCACGACCACCAUCACACAACACUCACAUUCAUACACCGGUGGAGGACACACACUCGGUACGUUUACAUGACACUCAAGAAAACCAAAUUAUUGCUCUAUUCCGAUUAAGACCAGACAACUAAAGUUCAUGUAAACACCUUAGUCCGACCAAGAACUCUGAUAAAGACACCCAGAUAAUGCGAUUGGAAUUCGAUUUUCUCUACCAUGUAACCAGCGUAGUCAGAGGAUGAUUGGACAUUGCAUGUGCCACGCCCCUGUAACCCCGGAACAAAAACACCAGAGAGGAGAGGAGUAGCCUGUAUCUCAUCUGCAGAAAAAUCAGCGAACAUCAUGUACGACAAAAACAAUGCUGUAUGAUGCUCCAUCUUCUUGCUUAAAUAUGUCCAGCAGCACUUCUGACGUCUGGUGCAGACCUGCUGCUGUUGUUGACGGUUGUGUGAGGUCGGAAACAGCACUGCUGAAAAGACCCAUAUUGCAGCCGACCACGCUGGCUGCAUGUAAACAUGGACAAGAAGAGAAGUCCGAUCUGGCGAAAAAGACGAAUUAUGAGCUUUGUCCGAUUAAGCUGUGCAUGUAAACACACUGACUGGGAGCAAGGUGGGUUAAGUGUCCUGCCCAAGGACACAAUGGACAGACUCCAGAUAGGGGGGGAAUCGAACCAUCACCCUUCCAGUUAUUGGACGACCGCUCUAUCUCCUGAGCUACUGCCACCUCAUAUAUGACUGGAUGGUAAAGACAGCUUUGAAGAAUUGAAGCCAAGACAUUCAGAGCUCCCUCUUCAGUGUAAAUGUUCACUUUUAGUCUUCGCCGGUGAUUUGAUGUCAAAAAAAGGGGAUCUAACAAAAUGAUUGACAGCUCUCUUGACGAAUGAGGCUCUCGCAGCAUUUUUACAGGACUUGAAGAGUAGAGGAGGAACGAAACAGAGAGUAGAAUCCUGCAGGAGCGAGCUAACUGUGAUGUAAUGACCUAUACCACAGCCAGUCUGCAGGGGGAGCUCUAAAUACAGUGGCUUUAUAAUCUGUGAACACUUAAAUGGUGUAACUUAAAUGGAGCCAAGAUUUUUAACGGCAUAUCUGUUUUGUUUUCAAUAUGAGUAAACUGCAUCUGAGUGACCAGUUUAAUCCAGUUUACUCCAGUUAAAACUCCUCCUUAAAUUCCAAUAAUCAACAAAGUAGGUAAGGAGAGAGAAUAUUAACAAAACUUAAAAAACGAUUUCUUUGGAAGCACAAGCAGUGAACUUUGACUGGUCUGUGGUUAUUUAUGCAGCAUGUUACGUGGCGAUAACCAUUAGUACCACUGAUGGUGACCACCCACACGAUAGAGCAGGUGCCUCACUGCAGCCCACCAGCAGUCUUCACUGUUAUUUCGUCAAACAUUGCCUCUGCAGCUGUUCUGCUCUCUGAGACCACCAAAACCUGGACCUCACUGACAGAGCAGAGUCCCACAUUUUAACACUUGUUGUCAUCAGAUCUUUAGAUGUUGUUUGGAUUAGAUGGGGAAUGAAAAUGACAGGUUUCUGAUUUCAGGAUGCCUCUUUUAUCUCAAAUGACGGCCUCGCACAUACGCACAGGUGCUGUGCAUUUCUUUUUGAGGAAACACAUUUAAGGUAUUGAGUUACUUAGAAGCGUCGAGUCGAAGGGGAGCAUUAAUUCAUCUGUUUUUGAAAGAAUCUUGUCAAAAAGGUGACAUAAAAACAUAGAAACAUAUCCGUAAGAGUCUAAAUACCUUUGUAGGUGAGUUAAAUAGAGUGACCAUAUUCUGUUUCCCCAAAAAGAGGACAUGACUACGCAGGGGUGGAGUCACGGAGUCAAGCGUAGUUAAUUUUGAGAGUUUUUCAGAUCAGAUUUGAGUGUUUUUUACCCGCUUCUAACUCAGUAAGCGCAUGCGACACAAACUCAAAACUUCCAAACAAAACCCUGGACAUUUGAAGGAUUUUAAGAGGACAUGUCCGGGUAAAAGAGGAUGUAUGGUCACUCCACCAAAAACUUGAUUUUUCCAAGUCUUUCCUAAGUUAAAUCAAAUCUAGAAUCUCGACAUUUGACAUUUUAAAACAAAGACACUGAUGAUUUGGAAUAAAAGGAAAACUGUCUCAAAGUCUGUUCCUCACAGGUUAGAUGAGAUCUAUUGAUUAACUUGCAAUCGUGGCAUCUGUCAUUGUGUUCUGUGAGGCAGCAGCGAUAUGAUUUACUGUAUGUGAAGUUGAUGUGCGGGAAGCAGGGAAAAUAUUUAAAGGGGACGAAACUGAGCAGCUGUGGAAAGGGACAAAUAAGGAUCGCUGAACGACUGACUCAGAGCAUCUACAGAACAGCGGUGUGUCUCAUGGGGUGGAUAUUACUAACUAAAAUUAGUCCAAGGGGGCAAAUAAUCGGACAUGUGUUGUGGUCAUAAGAGGUCAUGAGGCGGCAGUAGCUCAGGAGGUCGAGUGGUCGCCCAAUAACUGGAAGGUUGGCGGUUCAAGUCCUCCUAUCCCUCAUCUGUCUGUUGUGUCCUUGGGCAAGACACUGAACCCACCUAGCUCCCAGUGAGUGUCCUCCACUGGUGUAUGAAUGUUAGUGUUGUGUGUAGCCACAAACUGGCUGCCACAUCUCUGACAGUCUGUCCUGUCAGGUCAGCUGUGACUACUAAGGUAGUUCACCACCACCAGGUUGUGACUGUGUGAGUGAACGAAUGUUGUAUCCAAUGUGAAGCGCUACAAAAAUCUGAUGCAUUAUUAUUAUUAUUAUUAGAGAGCAAAGGUGGGACUGUUCGAUCCAGCAGAAGAGUUACUCAGGCUAAAACUUCUAAAAAUACUUAAUUCUGGUUCUGGUUGAGAAGUUACCAGAACACAUAAUGUAGAUGUCAGUCCAAUCCAUUAUCCCUGACAAAGAAAUUUGAUACAUAGAAGCCCCACUUCACAACUCACACUUCCUAUAAGACCUAGAGGAUCAGCUGUUAAUGACAUCUUGAUUUUAUGGGGGAUUUUCAGACUUAAAUUUUCUCUUUCACCUUUACACAAACAUCUUGGUCUGUCAGUAUUAUCAUAAAACAAAAGAAAUUCAAGUAGAGCUUUUAAUUGACAUUAAAAUAAAGUCAAGAAUUCAUGUUUUAUUCCCUUCAGGCUUCAGGUGAAGGAAGCGGCUCCAGAGAAACCAGACCUGCAAAACCAUCUGAGGAGAAACCGAGAUGGACGGUAGGAAAGAGUUCUUAUCAGGAGUCCUCUUACUCUAUAAAUGUUUUUACAUCCAUGUACGAUUUUUACUGCCUCUGUUCUUGAGUUACUUUCUAGAGAAAUAAUGUAAAACUUUAUGUCAGACCCAGUUAGUCCAUAUCAAUAAAUCAAUCGAGAGUUUUAAAAGUUUGAAACGCUCUGUCCCCUAAAGAAGCCUCAAUCAGCUGAUCCAUCCUGACCAGAUUAUUAUACCGCCUCUACAAACUGAAUCAUCCCUGUGUUGGAUAAACCACUCGUGGCUCAAGUUUCUCUUAUAAGUGAGCGAACAUUCAUCCCUGAAGAGAUUAAAAACUGCUGAGUUGAUGUCUGGAAAUCGAGCCGCUUCUGUCUUAUACAUUUGGAAACAAAGACCUUUUACAUGAAGAGUUUGCCCUUGUCGGACUCGGAAAUAUGCGCCCUUUCUGUGUUAAAACCAGUCAGACGGGACAGUUAAUGAUUAAACAUUAACUAUUUAAUUUGAAGAACUAGGAAUGAAUUUGGAGCUCUGAAUUUGAGUUUUAGCUCAAAGUUAAAUUGAUAAAACAGCAGAAUCUUUAUUUCACUUUUCCUUCUCACAGUCAUCUCUGCAUCCCCUCUCUGAUGCUUCAUGUCUUCCUUCUUUUCACACCCUCUUUAUCUACAUCCCUUUGUCUUCCUCUUUCUGCUUUCUGUCUCCCUCACACUCACACACAAUCAGAUUCCACAGACACCCACUCACAUCCUCCCACCCUCAGAGAUAGCAUGCACUGCUGCUGCUGCUGUGCGUGCAUGUGCGCUCCCACUCACAAUUACAGCGGAGACGUAGAAAAACCAGAUGUCAAUUUGGACUCGAUCUGAUCCAAAAGAGGCCCCCCCUCUCCUCGCCACCGCCGCCGCCUCCAGGCUUUGUUAUUCUGACUGGUUUCUCCAUCAACAGCGUACAGGAACCGACAGAGGUGGAGAGACAGUUGGAGGAGGCGUCUCCACCCAGUCGGAAGUCUCUCCAUCAUUACUGCUUCCACUCUGCCUCGAUACCGUCGAACCUUUACGAGGGGCUUUUCCAUCUGUUCAGUAGGCAUGUAUUAACAUCAUGUAAUAUGCAAUGUAAAACACAACAGCUGGCAUCUAAUUUCUACCUGCUGAAAUCUUUCCAUCUAAUGUCUGCGCACAGAAAAAAAAGAGCCUACAGUCUGUACUAUUGUCCGACCGGUGCAAUUAGGGCAAGUCUGGGCAGAACAACGUCAGACGGGGCGGGAUGGAGAAGUGAAACUUUCCAUUUUGUCACGCAGGAAUUCGCGGUGAUAGAUGACAGAGCUAGUCAGUCAUCCUUGACAGUGACACUGCGGGAAUCCGAGUGUCCUCUUCAGCAGGAAGCUCAAAGAGGAAGUGUUUCGAGGAGGCGGCUUUAGCUGGAGGUGAUGCGAGUGAUAGUGAAGGAUAGAUUCAGUCACUUUGGAGUUAUAUUAAAUAAAGAGUGAAAGUGCAGGAAUCCUCGACACGGACAAACACGUGGAUGAAAGAGUAACUUUUCUGGUCAAAUUCAAGUUGAGAAGUCGGUGACUCACCCCUUGAUUUCAACUUGUUAUAAGCUCCAAAAAUAGCUUUACGAACCAUUUCCUUAAAAACCAAAAAUGAAUGAGAUGUUUUUAGAUUUAUGUUGGCAUCAUUCCAGAAUUUAACUCCAAUAACUGAGACACAUCUCCUUUUCGUACCUUUUUUAGCUUUUUGGACAGUAAAUUAGCAAACACCUCUGAGAUUUAGAAAUUUAAAGAAUUUAGCUUUCAAGAAAACUAUUUUAUUUUUCUGAACCUUCAUCACAUUUUUGAAAACCUUGAACAAACAAGCUCUAAUACAAGGUAUAUAUAUUUAUAUAUAUAUAUAUGUAUAUAUAUAUAUAUGUAUAUAUAUAUAUAUAUAUGUAUAUAAGUUAUAGUGAACGAAAUAUUACUGAGCACAUCCCCUCAGCCAUCAUCAAGCUCACCUACAAAAACAAAGACUAAGUUCAUGUAUUAAUAUGACAUAUAAUAUUAAUUUUUUUGUCUUUUUGAUUAAAUUAAUCAAAAUAAAUCUGUCAAUAAAAGCAAAAAGAAAGUGAACGUACAGAAACCUGACAUACAGGACUUCAGGAGAGCUGCUGAAGCUGCACCAGAAAAAACUGAAACAAAAGAAAAGUUUUCUGUCCUGUUUUUUAUGUUUUUGUCAGAAUGUCUUUAAGUUUGCUGUAAAAUGUGACCAAUAGUGAUUAUUUGAUUACUAUUGGCCACAUUUAAAGGCUUUCCAGAUGAGGGAAAGUUUAAAAAAGUACCGAGGGAUCCUCUUUCUAUAAGUUUUUAGUUAACAAAAAGUUUAGAAUUGACUGGCGCUGAUUCAUGCUUUACAUUUACUGUACAUUGAAUUUUCUUUCCAUAAAUGUUUGUUCAGUAGAUCUCUUUCUCAAAGCCCGGUUCUUUUUGUAUUCAUCCCUAGUUGAAGUCGAGAAAAUGAGAGUUAAACCCAGUUUUUACAACAAGCGGAUGAUGUUUGAUGUCUGCGAAAAAAGGCCGACCACAAGUAAUCUGUUCAUUAUCGGAAAAGUUUACUCUGUUACUCCCUAAAGCCGGCGCUGAAACAACCUGCAGACGCGUGUUAUGUUCCCCGCCGAAGGAGCUGCAUACCUGCUUUUAAGAUUCAGGGGGUUGUGUGGUUCAAAUCCAUCAACACUUAUGUUCUAAAGAUCAGCGCCUCCCACUCGUCAGCCGCAGCUAUGAUGGAUAGUUUAAGGAGUGAAAACAGGGUAUUCUUUAUCACAUUAAUAUAUAUUAUCAACUCAAGACAGUCAAUAUUGGUCCGGCUGAAUUCUUGGCAUAUCCAGAGCUGUGAAACCCAGCAGGGGGAAAAGUCUCCUGGUUAAUUAUCAACGCUGGUUCCACUCGCCCCUUCAGCUUCCCCUUCAGCUGCCCCCUCUGCUGCAUUCUUCAUCCCACCCCUGUCCCGAAUUCCUCAGGUGACAAUAUGAGGUGUGUCACCGGUGAAGAAUGAUCCUCAGCCGCUUGGGGGGUGGUAGCAUUAUUCCCUCCCCACUGUCUCAUUUUCACCCAAAGGCAGUUUGGAGGCUGAAGUGAUCCCAGCUCCCCCCAACCAUGAAUUACCCCUGAUGCGUCCCUCAGCGUUGCCAGUGACUAUAGACUGUUUAAAGACCGGAGGCUAAUAUGUGUUUCCCACUUAACUGAGCACUUAAACACGUUUCUAAAACUGUAAAAUGUUCAGAUUUAUCAAGUAACUUUGACACAAAUCUUUGGUACAAAGGUCAAAGAAGAAAAAGAAAAGUGGGAAUAAUCUCAUGAGCUGACACUUUGGGCUCCUGCAAAAGAGUCGAGUUGAUUAUUCAAAAUCAUAAAAUAUUCACAUUUAUUUUGAGCUGCUCUGUGAUGAGAUGUCUGAUAGUGAUCUACACAUUAACUAGAAAUGCUUAAAAAAACUGAAGCUGCCAAAUAAAAAAAGGAAUUUGUUCAGUCCUUGCACCUUGACUCUAUUAGAAAGUUUUGAAGUAGAGCUGGGACAUGUCUUGUGAGUUAAAAUGAGGUUAAAGCUGCUCAAACUACAAACCUUUCAAGUAUUUAAAAUGUUAACAAAGUGCAGAAACAUGAGUCACUUUUGGACUUGAUUCAGUUUUUCAUCCCAACUUUCUGGUUCUUGGAUCGUUUCUAAAGCUUACACUGAAAAAGAGACGAUAAUUUAGUGCAGGGUUUGUGUGGUUUAGAUAAAAUGUUGUUUUUUUACUCUUUUUAAAAAGUGUCUGUUGUUUAAUUGUUCUUUUGAAGACCACACCGCCAUCUUCUCGACCUAUUCAGCAGCCACCAGUGACCAGGAAAGAAGAAGAAUCCCUUUCAAGAGAAUCUGGUGAGUUUAUCUGGACACAGAUUGUGUUACUGAGUGAUUACCAUACAGUUUUACUGGUCUGAAGUGUUUUUACAGAUGACUUUGGAUCUGCCCUUCACUUUUUUGCAAAUGUCAUUUUGAAAAAUGAGUAAUUUUUAUUACAGAGAUGGAAAAAAAAGAUGUUGUAGCUUCACAUGUUGAAACGUGACUUAGCUCACCUGUUGGGUAUGGAGGGUAAAACGGCGACAGUGUUGCUGAGUUCAUAUUCCUAGAAGAAACAGCUGUGAGGAAAUGCAUGUAAACCAAUUUACUGUCACAUGUCUCCAUCUAGUGGACAAAUAGGGAACUUAAGUUUAGGCCAUGGACAAUUUUUUUAACACACUAUACUAUGUCAUUUAUGUCAUACUAUACUAUAACAUCUUUUAACAUAAUAUACUAUGACACUUUUUAACAUACUACACUAUGACAAAUUUUUAACACAUUACACUAUGACAUUUAUGUCAUACUAUACUUUAUUUUUUAUACUGACGUUUUUUUAUCAUACUAUACUAUGACAUUUUUAUAACAUACUAUACUAUGACAUUUUUAAACAUACUAUACUAUGAUAUUUUUAACAUACUAUACUAUGACAUUUUGUAACAUAUUAUACUAUGACGUUUUUUAACAUACUAUACUAUGACAUUUUUUAACAUACUAUACUAUGAAAUUUUUUAACAUACAACACUAUGACAUUUUUAAACAUACUAUACUAUGACAUUUUUUAACAUACUAUACUAUGACAUUUGUUUUAAACUAUACUAUGACGUUUUUUAACAUAUUAUACUAUGACGUUUUUUAACAUACUAUACUAUGACAUUUUUUAGCAUACUAUACUAUGAAAUUUUUUAACAUACAAUACUAUGACGUUUUGUAACAUACUAUACUAUGAAAUUUUUUAACAUGCUAUACUAUGACGUUUUUUAACAUUCUAUACUAUGACAUUUUUUAACAUUCUAUACUAUGACGUUUUGUAACAUACUAUACUAUGACAUUUUUAAACAUACUAUACUAUGACAUUUUUAAACAUACUAUACUAUGACAUUUUUUAACAUACUAUACUAUGACAUUUGUUUCAAACUAUACUAUGACAUUUUUUAACAUACUAUAAUAUGACGUUUUUUAACAUACUACUAUGACGUUUUUUAACAUACUACUAUGACAUUUUUUAACAUACUAUACUAUGACAUUUUUUAACAUACUAUACUGAUGUUUUUUAACAUACUAUACUAUGAUAUUUUUAAACAUACUAUACUAUGACAUUUUUUAACAUACUUUACUAUGACAUUAUUUAACAUACUAUACUAUGACGUUUUUUAACAUACUAUACUAUGAAAAUUUUUAACAUACUAUACUAUGACGUUUUUUAACAUACUAUACUAUGACAUUUUUGAACAUACUAUAGUAUGACAUUUUUUAACGUAUUAUACUAUGACGUUUUUUAACAUACUAUACUAUGACAUUUGUUUCAUACUAUACUAUGACGUUUUUUAACAUAUUAUACAAUGACGUUUUUUAACAUACUAUACUAUGAUAUUUUUUAGCAUACUAUACUGACAUUUUCUAACAGACUACACUAUGACGUUUUGUAACAUAUUAUACUAUGACGUUUUUUAACAUACUAUACUAUGACGUUUUGUAACAUAUUAUACUAUGACGUUUUUUAACAUACUAUACUAUGACGUUUUUUAACAUACUGUACUAUGACAUUUCUUUAUCAUACUACUAUGACAUUUUUUGACACACUACACUAUGACAUUUAUGUCAUACUAUACUAUGACAUUUGUUUCAUACUAUACUAUGACGUUUUUUUAACAUAUACUAUGACGUUUUUUAACAUACUAUACUAUGACAUUUUUUAGCAUACUAUACUAUGACAUUUUUUAACAUACUAUACUAUGACGUUUUGUCACAUACUAUACUAUGACAUUUUUUAACAAACUAUACUAUGACGUUUUUUAACAUACUGUACUAUGACAUUUCUUUAUCAUACUACUAUGACAUUUUUUGACACACUACACUAUGACAUUUAUGUCAUACUAUACUAUGACAUUUGUUUCAUACUAUACUAUGACUUUUUUAACAUAUUAUACAGUGACGUUUUUUAACAUACUAUACUAUGACAUUUUUUAGCAUACUAUACUAUGACGUUUUUUAACAGACUAUACUAUGACAUUUUGUAACAUAUUAUACUAUGACGUUUUUUAACAUACUAUACUAUGACGUUUUGUAACAUAUUAUACUAUGACUUUUUUUAACAUACUAUACUAUGACAUUUUUUAACAUACUAUACUAUGACAUUUUUUUAACAUACUAUACUAUGACGUUUUUUAACAUAAUAUACUAUGACAAAUUUAAACAUACUAUACUAUGACAUUUUUUAACAUACUAUACUAUGACAUUUUUUAACAUACUAUACUAUGACAUUUUUUAACAUACUAUACUAUGACAUUUUUUAACAUACUAUACUAUGACGUUUUUUAACAUUUUAUACUAUGACGUUAUUUAACAUACUAUACUAUGACAUUUUUCAGCAUACUAUACUAGGAUGUUUUUUAACAUACUAUACUAUGACAUUUUUUAACAUACUAUACUAUGACAUUUAUGUCAUACUAUACAAUGACAUCUUUAAACAUAAUAUACUAUGACAUUUUUUAACAUACUAUACUAUGACAUUUUUUAGCAUACUAUACUAUGACAUUUUUUAAGCUACUAUACCAUGACAUUUUUUAACAUACUAUACUAUGACAUUUUUUAACAAACUAUACUAUGACGUUUUUUAACAUACUAUACUAUGACGUUUUUUUAACAUACUAUACUGUGACAUUUUUUAACAUACUAUACCAUGACAUUUUUUAACAUACUAUACUAUGGCAUUUUUUAACAAACUAUACUUUGACAUUUUUUAAGCUACUAUACCAUGACAUUUUUUAACAUACUAUACUAUGACGUUUUUUAACAUACUAUACUAUGAAAAUGACAUUUAUGUGAUGCUAUACUAUAUUUGUUUCAUACUAUACUAUUACGUUUUUUAUCAUACUAUACUAUGACACUUUUUAAAAUACUAUACUAUGACACAACACUAUGACAUUUGUCAUACUACACUUUAUUUUUUACAUACUAUACUGACAUUUUUCAUCAUACUAUACUGACAUCUUUUAACAUACUAUACUAUGACAUGUCAUACUAUACUUUAUUUUUUACAUACUAUACUAACAUUUUAUUCGUUCUUUAUUAUGAAUUUUUUUUAUAACUUAAUAUAUCUUUUAUCAUACUAUACCAUGACAUUAAAAUCAUACUAUGCUAUGACAUUUUUCUAUCAUACUAAACUAUGAUAUUUUUAUCAAUCAAUGCUGUGACAUAUUUUUAUACUAGAAUAUAUUUUUUAUAAAACUUUCUUUGACAUUUUAAACACGAUACAAUGACAUUUUAUGAUUUUUUCUGUACCAAAAUAUUGAUUUUUUUUCACUCUAAAAAAUGACAUUGAUAUCAUACUAUACCAUUACAUUUUUAUCAUCCUAUACAUUUUUUUUGUACAAAAAAUGAAAUUGUUUUCAUUUUAAGAUAUAAAAAUUUUAACAUACUAUACUAUGACAUUUUUAGUACUAAAAUAUAAGUUUUAUUUAUACUAUACUAUGACAUUUCUAUCAUACUGUACUAUGACAUUUUUUCACGCUAAAGUAUAAUUUUUUUUCUCUAAAAUAGGAAAUUUUUCACAUACUAUACUAUGACAUUUUUUCAUGCUAAAGCAUAUAUUUUUUCUUUAAAAUAGGAAAUUUUUUAACAUACUGUACUAUGACAUUUCUUUAUCAUAGUAUACCAUGACAUUUUUUUAACACACUGUACUAUGACAUUUAUGUCAUACUUAAUUUUUUACAUACUAUACUGACUUUUUUUUUAUCAUACUAUUCUAUGACAUCUUUCAACAUGGCAUACAAUGACAAUUUCUUUCUUAGACUCUACUAUGACAUUUUUUACAUUCUUUACUAUGAAAUUCUUUUAUAACUUAAUAUAUCUUUUAUCAUACUAUACCAUGACAUUAAAAUCAUACUACGCUACGACAUUUUUAUCAUACUAUACAAUUCCUUUUUAAUACUUAAUUUUUUUCAUCAUCAUUUAUAUCGUACCAAACAUUUAUUUAUAUCAUACUGACAUUUUUUUUACAUAUUGUACCAUGACAUUUUUUAACCAGCUAUUUUAUUUAGUUUUAAUUAUACUACACUAUGUCAUUGUUUAUCGUACUAUACAAAGACAUUCUUAUCUUAUUAUACUAUGAUAUUUUUUAACAUACUGUACUAUGACAUUUUUAUCAUACUUUACUAUACUUUUCUAUUUUUUAUAUGUUAUGCCCAGCUUGUUGAAAAGCAUUACAAAGAAGAGACGUCGACACUGUGACAGCUUUUAAAUGAAGAAUUAAUUUAUUAACAUAAUCAACAAAGAAAAUACCCAAUGGUCAGUCAGCAAGUCAGCAAUCAGAAGUGAGGUGAGUGUGUUCAAUGCAGGGGGAAGGUGUGUGCAAACAGAAUCUAUGCAUAACAGGAAACCAAGGCUAAACUCCACACAAAAAACCACAUUGGGUGCCUGGCAGACACCAGCAUUCCAGGAGGAAGAGAGAGAGAGCCAUCUCGAAAUUCCCCCAGCUUUUAAAGGCUGAAAGCAGGUGGAGCCAAUCCUUGAACGAGAGGGGAGGCGCAAGAACUCCAGGUUUAUCUGAAGGAGGAAAACAAUGGCAAGAACGCAGGAAACCAUAUUUCCUAUUGUUUACCUAUACAAUAUUUUUUAACAUACUACACUAUAACAUUUUCAAACAAACUAUACUAUGACAUUUUUUAACAUACUAUACAAUGACAUUUAUGUCAUACUAAAUUAUAUAUUUUAAAACAUACUAUACUAUGACAUUAUAUUAACAUACUAUACUAACACAUUUUUUAAGACUACACUGACAUUUUUUUUAACAUACUAUUCUAUGACAUUUAUGUCAUACUAUACUACUAUACUAUGACAUUUCUUUAUCAUUGUAUACAAGGACAUUUUUUUAACAUACUACACUAUGACAUUUUUUUAUUAACAUACUAUACCAUGACAACUUUUUCAUUCCAACAAUGACAUUUCUUUGACUUACUAUAACAUUUUUUUCAUACUUCACUAUGACAUUUUUUUAACAUACUAUACUAUGACAUUUUUUUACAUACUAUACAAUGAAAUUUUUGUCAUACUUUACAAUAUUUUUUAACAUACUUUACUAUGACAUUUUGUAUCAUACUAUACUAUGAGAUUUUUAUAACAUACUUUACUAUGACAUUUUUAACAAACUAUACUAUGAUAUACUGUGACAAAAAAAUUUCCCCCACGGGGGAUCAAUAAAGGCGUAUUCUAUUCUAUUCUAUUCUAUGACAUUUCUUUAUCAUACUAUACAACAUUUACAUUUAAGUCAAACUAUACUAUAUUUUUUAAACAUACUAUACUGUAACACUUUUUUUUUUUUACAUAUAAUACAAUGACAUUUUUACAAUACUGUUUUUUAUCAUAAUAAAAUUUACACUUAUAUAGGACAUUUAUAUCAUGCUAUACUAUGACAUUUUUGUCUUACUAUACUAUGACAUUUUUUUUAACAUACCAUGCUUUGACAUUUUUUAACUUACUAUAUUAUGAGAUUUUCUUCAUACUACACUGACACUUUUUUAUCUUACUAUACUAUAACAUUUUUUUCAUACUCAAAUAUAAAUUUUUUCAUCAUACCAUACUAUGACAUAUUUUAACAAACUAUACAAUGACAUUAUUUUCAUGCUAAAAUAAGAAUUUUUUUUUCAGCCCACUUUUAGUAAUGUUUACGUAACGACUGAUGUAACGCUAUCCUCUGCACUGUGUUCAGCAAGUGACUCCCGGCUGUUUUCGGUUCCUGUGGAGUCCAGACCUGGACUUCCUGGGUCACCAGGUGGGUCAAGGAGACUCAAAAGAAAAAAAAAAUUGCAUCCAAAUAUCCCGUGUUUAAUUCCCUUUUUAAUUCUGGUCUGCUGUUCUGCCUAUACCAUGUGUGCUCCUCACGCUGGACCUCACAUGGAUUUCAAAAGCGCACUAGCUGAAGAAAGCAUGGAGCUGAAAGCUUUUGAAAUCUCACAGGGUGGUGGACAUGUUUGUAUUUAAGCCAGUGGGAUAAGAAUAUUGGGCUGCUCUGGCUGUAAUCUCUUGUAGAAACAUGCACUGUGAGAGAAAAGAGGAGCACAAUUGGGAGAGAGAAAUUGCAAAAGGGAGAGAAAACGAGGGAAACUGAGAAAAAAGGACUGAAGAGUGUUUGGUAAAUCCCAUCAUGAUGUUCAUUGCCUCAAAUGACAAGAAAGAAUUAGAUGAGCUGGACUCGUAUUGAAUAUUAGCUGAGGCUGCUGCUGCUGUAUGUGGGAUACACAUUAUUUGUUCCAUGCUUAUGCGUUUCUCUAAAUCUUAAACCUUAAAAAGUGAAACACUUGAAAAAGCUGCUGAAAUUGAACACCAAUUUGCUGUGCAUAUUAUCAACAUGAUCUGAUAGGUGGGAAAAGUUUGGGGUGAUUCUGUGGUGGUAUGGUGAUGCAUGCAGGUGUGAGAGAGAGUAUACAACAACCAUCUCAAACCAUGACAUGGCCUUUGAGCUGCAGCCGUGCACACUGGGAUUCUCGCUCCAUCAGGCAACAACGUUUUUUUCCCCCUCCUUCCUCCUCUUCUUCUUUGGGGUGCAGGAAAUGUCAUGUGUAUUGUUUGGGUUUGAGGAUACAAGCAUUCAUCAUUUCUGAAAGGUCUUUUCAUGAGGGUAUUAAUGACUCUGUCUCUGUGGUUGUUUUCAGGGCCAGUUGGGUCUAGAGGAGAAAAGGGCGACCGAGGAGACAGAGGAGAGAAAGGAGACAGGGGUCCAAUUGGUCCGAAGGGAGAAUCUGGUUCCAGUUCCAGCACUCGGGGUGGAGCCCGUGGAGAGAAGGUCUGAACCUUUAGGAUAUUGUCAUGAAUGUGAAAACACUGUAUGUUAUUCAGUGAAGGAUUUGGGGUUAAAGUAAUAGACCUUGGAAACAAUAUGUAUCCCUCAUUUGUCCCUCUGACCUUGGCAUUGUGUACUGAGCUGGUUGGUAAAAGAACAAGAUAAAAAAAUGCAAAAAGACUAAAAAUGCACUUUAAUUACUGUGACAUCUUGUUGUUGUUGGUCCUCUGAGUUUAAACACUAUAUUAUAGGGAUAUUCCGGCGUAAGAUUAAUUUAGGGUCAAACACACCAUAACUCUGAGUUAGACACCCCCUCGAAAGAUGAAUGUUGCAGACCGCUUGCUUCUCUAGUUAUACCAACUUUAGUUAUGACCGCAGGAUAAAAAUACACAGACAUAAACAAACUUCAACCAAAACGCCACUCUAUAGCCACAAAUAAUGCUCAGAACAGCACCUAACUUCAUCAACAGGACAUAAAGGGUCACAGCCAUAGCACUAGUUAUCAAACAUCUUUUUAACUUUGCCUCAUUUCUUUCGACAAAGAGUCUAAACACAACUCACCUACUCUCUUCCGGCAGCCGCUUAUUUGUAGCGAGACCUCAGGCCAGUCCAUUACGGACUGCUGCGGGGUGACGCAGCCCAAGGAAGAACAUUUAUGAUCAUUUCUUUCUCAUUUCCUUGAAGUAAUAAUUACCAUAUUUAUCCUUUUGCACUGCAGACGCAGUAGUUCCUCUGUCUUAGCGUCUCGGUCUGAUUGCAUUUCCAUGAAGAAAUGAUCAUAAAUGUUCUUCCUUGAGCUGCUCCACCCCGCAGCACACAGGACUGGCCCAAGGUCGCGCUAGAAAUAGUUUUGGUUGAGGUUUGUUUAUGGCUCCUCAGACCGCUGUAUAUUGCUUUCGUUCGGUCGUUACUAAAGUUGGAAUAACUCGAGAAGCAAACAGUCGGCAACAUUCAUGUCUCUAACUCACUGUUACGGUUUGUUUGACCCUAAAUUAAUUUUACGCUGGAAUAUUCCUUUAAGCAGCUUUAAAUGUUGGUAUUUAACUCCUCUUUGAUCGUAUCUUUGGAAAUAUUCUCAUAAUUUGAGAUUCUGGAUUUCUGUUUUUAUGAGCUCUGAGCCAAAAUAAUGAAAAACUCACAUAAAAGAAAACCUGACAUACUUAACUGUUCUGUUCAUGCAAUAGAAAACAGAAUAGAUUUGAAUUACAUUACAAAAAACAUACUUUUUCCUGAUGAUCUAAUGUGUUGAGAUGUGUCCCUAUGAAACACAAGAGGGAGCUGCAGGUCCUAACCUGACACUUAUCACAGAUCUGUUUUAUGUUUGCCACGUGCUGCAAAGAUCAGAAAUAUGAGCAAGUCACCUAUCUUGUAGCUCCUCUGUUUUUGCCCACAUGUAUGUAAAAAUAAGAGUGCUUCAUGUUGAAUUAGAGAACUAUUGAAAACUUCUGAUGCUAAUGCAAAACUUUCUUUUUUUAUAUUAAGGGAGAACCAGGAGAAAAAGGAUCAAAGGUGAGUUUUUAUUGUUCACUAGCUUUUCUCCACGAUCCCUCUGCUACAGCAUCAUAACAGUAUGUAGUAUUAACUCUAUUACCUCCACUUACCCUGAUCUUUCUUUACCUUCAGGGCUCUGCAGGCUUUGGCUACCAAGGUACAAAGGGAGAACCUGGUCCAGCUGGGCCACCUGGUCCACCAGGUCCUCCAGGGCCUGCCACUGAGUUUUCAGUUGGCGGUGACGGCACAGUUGCUUCCAGAGUCCCGGGACCCCGAGGACCAGCUGGACCACCAGGUGCCCCGGGGCCCCAGGGACCCUCAGGAGCUGAAGGAGAGCCAGUGAGUAGAAUUAGUGUGCAUUCUUCAUGUAGGAGGGUGUUUAGUGCCAUACUGUAAAGGACACCUACUGUCUGAAACAUGCAGUAGAUCACAUGAAACCGUCACACCUCUUAGAAAUGUUAAAAAUAAAGGAAGCUCAGCUUUGCAUGAGUGUCUCAGAGGAUUUUAUGUAUUUAUCCUUUGUUUGAAUUUCACAGGGCGAUCCUGGUGAGGAUGGAAAAACUGUAAGUUGUUUUUUUUUUACCAGCAAAAUAUGAGAAAACAAAUUUUAAAAAAGCUUAAACUUGUGAUAAGAGGCAGCUGUUAUCAGAGGAUGAAAUGUCAGGAACAUCUAAUCUGUAACACUUGCACUGACCGCCACAGGGUCCCGAUGGACCUCCAGGAUUCCCAGGAACUCCAGGUGAUCCUGGACCCAGAGGAGAGAAGGUGAGAUGCUCAAUGACAGCAACUGAAAAACAGGAAACAAAUGUGAAGACACUAAGUGAUAUCUGCAGUCAAACGAACCGUUCAGUUUAAAUGAGUCGUUCACAUGAGUCUUGUGUCCACAGGGAGAUCGUGGUGAAGGUCAUCCUGGCCCCAGGGGGCCUCCAGGACCUCCAGGACCCCCAGGACCAGGAAUGAGAUCUGUGAGUGAAUAUUAGCCUGAAUGACAUGAUGCACAGGAGUUACAAAAAGACAUCCUAACCUCUGUGAAACAUUUGUUGAAUACAACUGACUUCAGUUUAUAUAUUUCAGACAUUUGUGGACAUGGAGGGAUCUGGAUUUCCUGAUCUGGAAUCUGUUCGGGUGAGAACAACUGAAACUUUAGUGACUAGGUGAACGAUAUUUGUCAGGGUCCUUUGCAAAAGUAACUUAAUUUUCUUGUUUCUUGAUGCAGGGGCUUCCUGGUCCACCUGGUCCUCCUGGUCCCCCAGGUCCUCCAGGUCCCUCUACAGCAGGCACAACAUCUGCCUCUGGGGCAUUUGGACCUCCAGGAAAGGAUGGAGAACCUGGUCGACAGGUGGGUGUCAAAUUUCAUGUCCUGCAAUGUAACAAGCAAAAUAAAUCUCUGAACUUAGCAUUUCUGUGAAUCCUGAUUGUGUCGUUAUCACUAACAUAACUGGAUCAAUAACUUCUGUAAACUCUUCUGUAUACAACCAAAUCUUUGACACUGUAGGGUUUGCCUGGUUUGCCGGGCACUGAUGGGUCUCCAGGACUCCCUGGACCCAAGGGAGAAAAGGUAAUAAUUAGAUUGACAACAUUUAAUUUUCUGUAUUUUUAAAAAUGAAGCCAUAAAGAUUCUCACUAACUUUCUUAGUGUAAAUAUAUCAGGACAAAUCUGUUUAGCCAUUAACUGAAAAUGAUCAUUUACGUUAAGCUAGACGUGCACAUUUUUUGUAAUUAUAGAUAAAUAUUUAAUUGAGAUGGUGUUUUUCUAACAGUUUCUGUCGUACUUUGUCCACUCUCAGGGUGAUUCUGGUGAGCUCGGCCUUCCAGGAGUAGUUGGAGCAAAGGUGUGGACUUUUUAUCAAUCCUAAAUCUUCACCUUCUUCUUAAAUUAAACCGAGAGCUUAACUCCAAAACACUGCCUCUUCUGUUCGGAUGCUCAUUUGAUUAGUAAAAAAAAUCAGCUUUCACUCAACUCCUCCUUCUCCCUCUCCUUUCAUUUCUCCAGCCAAGCCCCUUCUUUUCUUUUCUCUCCGAUCUACUGCCACACUCUUUCUCCUCUCCCUUCUCUCUUAAGGCCUCCCACCCUCAGGUAACUGGGCUCCGGCACUCAUCAUUAGAGAUUUGUGUCUCCUAACAAUAUGCAAAUGUCGUCAAAUAUUGUCGGCUGCAGACUGGAUUUGAAGUUUAAUCAGAGUGCUGACUGUGGUUUGGUUUAACAUUUGGUGACGUCAAAGAUGAGUCCAAAAAUAAAGGCAUGGAUUUUAUUCACUGAGACUGUUCUUGUAAACCUCACUGACUGGAUCUGAUACUGAAGCACGAUAAGAAGAAAUGAUUGUCUGCAGGAUGCAUGAAACAUCGAAUUUUAAAAGAUCUGCUCCUCCUUACUUUACAACUUUACUGAGGGUGAAUUUCUGACUCCUUUCAUUUGAUCCUAAAGGGAGAUCGAGGAGACCCUGGUUUACCCGGUACUGCAGGAGAACCUGGACUGGCUGGUCUGCCUGGGCCCAUAGGACCAAUUGGGCCACCUGGUCCCCCAGGACCUCCUGGACCGAGUUAUCGUGUUGGAUUUGUAAGUUUUUUCCAGAAUGAAAUUAGAGGAUAAGUAGUGUUUACAUAAAUAUAAAAGAUAUUCAAUAAUAAAGCCCAGAGCUGUUUUGAGCCGUUUGUCAUGAAGUGAUUUUUGUUGUUUGAAGGAUGACAUGGAGGGCUCUGGUGGAGGUUUCUCCAAUGGAGUUCCUGGAGCCAGAGGACCAGAAGGAAGACAGGUCAGUACUGAAUAAUGUAGGAACAUUUAAGGACAUUUUGUGCAGCUAACAUUUAAGCUUUAAAGAUAACAGUUAUUUGUCAGCGAUACAUGGAACCUGAACUGAUCUAUGGGACUUUGUUGAACUUGCGACUAACAGACAAAAACGUGUUUGCUUUCAGGGACCUGCUGGCUUACCUGGACUUCCAGUAAGUGACUCAGUUUUUCUGGCAUCACAUCUUUAGUCCAAUCAAUCAGAGUCGCAACAAAUGAGAGUUGAAUCUUGAGGGGAAAAGAGAGGAAACAUUACAGACACGAAGAAGUAAAAACACAAUAACUGAACCCAAGAGGACAGAGUCUGUAAUAAAAAGACUUUAAACUCUUAAAUGUUUAAGUAGGAUGCAGGAAAAGAAAAACACACAGAACGGUGUGAACACAGAGUUAGCUCAUGAGCAAACAGCUGUUCAUGUGUUCUCUCAGUCAGCAGAAACAGCAUCAGCUCAUACCAGUCUAUUAUAAGGUCAGUUCAUGUGGACCACAAACGAAUCAACUGGCCUAAGUGUUUUUUUUCUGUGAGUUUUAAUGUCUGAAUGUACCCCUGCAGGGUAAACCUGGAUUCCCAGGUAUACCGGGUCAGAAGGGCAAUGAGGGUUCCGUUGGACGAGAUGGUCAGCCCGGGCUGGAUGGCUUCCCUGGACCUCAGGUAACAUACGCAGUUCUCUCCCCAGCACUAAUGUAUCAAGUAAAGGCUGAACUGUAGAGGUCACAUGGUUUCUCUAAAUAUCAGUCCGCCAUUGAGAGACAACCACUGAGACAAUAUGGCAUCAGUGAAGAUUAUUUCAUAUAUAAGACAUUUGAAAACACCGUCUGUCCUCUAGGCAGAGAUGUUGAGCUGCUCAGAAAAAAGUCUGAUACCUAAAAUCUGCUCUGAUUAUAAUAAAACAGACGCAGUCAUUCAUUGUCUUCAGUUAUUGAAAAGGCGAGCCUGUUUGUGGAGCAGGUGCCGAACAAAAGGUGAGAGCGCCGAGUGUGUCUUUUGUCUCAUUUUCUUUCAUCCUGUUCACAGGGACCAAAGGGCGACAGGGGAGACAAAGGAGAGAGGGUGAAUAUCAUUUUCACACUGAAUAUCUGCGUUUUAAACAUUACGUUUAAACCAAAAAGAAACUGUGUGGAGGAUUGUGCUGCGGUGAUAUUUUGAUCUCAAAUCUGAAUGUUUGUUAUUGAUCGUUUGACCUCUAAAGAGAAAUGUAAAACACCAAGCACUUAUAGAAAUGUCUUUUUGGAUAUUAAGUGUGUGUGUUUGUUUUGUUUAGGGUGAUCCAGGUAGAGAUGGAAAUGGAAUUCCAGGACCACCAGGCCCUCCAGGACCACCAGGACAAGUCAUCUAUCAGAUAACUGGCAAUGUGAGUCGUGGAAAACAAACAUUAAUUGAAUAUAAGAGGAUGUAGAAAGUUAAAUCUAAACUUAUGAGCGACUUUAUCAGCGUAGCAGACAUCUUAUCUUUAUCCUACUUCUGUCUCUACAGCCUGAUGGCAGCGUCGGCAGUGCUGGACCUCAGGUAUGUGUUCAUUUUUGUAGCUCAACAGUCAGCUGAUCCACAACAGGCCGAACACUGUCUCUUUUAUUUUUACUGCAAAGCUCUGAAAUAUUCACGGCCUCAUGAUUACAUCUGUAGAGGCGGCUGUCAGCUGAGACGUGACACGGUUUUGUACCACGGGGUAAAUCGUAUCAUUAACUUGUCUUUCUCUAUUUUGAGGGGACAACAUUGACCGGCGUUUAGAUGAGACGUCAGUGAUGACAGUGUGUAAUUUUUCAAACUUGUUAAAAUUCAUCAUUACAGUUUGAUUUUAGUCAGAAACAGCCACAGAACUUAUUUCAACCAAUGUUUUCGAGCAAGUCAGUCUGUUAGUAUCAGAAAAAGCUGUGCGUGUACUUAACUUUGUUUUUUAUCGUAAAGUCAGUAAAGAUAAAUUGAGGUUAAUCUGUAUGUAAUUAUGUUUUAUGCUUUCUCCUACAGGGAGGACCUGGAUUACCCGGGAAUGCCGGAUUCCCUGUAAGUCCCCUUUAGGUGAUGCUGAUGGUCUAAAGAGUAGAGUCAGAGCUUGAAGUGACGACUCAACUGUUCAUAAAUAGUCGAGUAAAUGGAAAUAUCCUCAAGCACGCCACUAGUUCUGCCUCUGUCAACUAUUCUCACGUGUUUCUGUGAAAGCUGCAGGUUUUGAGUCUUAGUCGAGGCAAUUUAAAGUCUGGCAUCAGAUGCUUCUCUGUUCUCCGGCUGUAUCAGAUUGGCAGUGCGUGAAGCCCAAAACAUCUCGUUCACUAAUUUCUACAAUCGAUAUCUAAACAGCAGUUUGCUCAGCAGUUCAGGCGCUGCAGCUGAAGAGACGUUUUAAUGGAGUGGCUGAUUGCAUUGGCUUCAAUUGAUCCCGGGGAACAAAGACUUUACUUCUGCCAAAUGAUCGUUCCUCUGACCUUUUAUAAAUUAAUAAAUCUUUUUGUUUUCGUCUGUAUCCUGUAGGGUCCUAUCGGGCCAAAGGGUGACAGAGGGGAACCGGGCAUUCCAGGCUAUGCAGUUAAGGUAAAAUCUUCUUUAUUCAAGUAUUAAUUAAACUGCUCAUCAUUGUAAGGACAGCUGAUAAAGAGUUUGUUGUGUUUUUGCUGUAAUCAGGGUGAGAAAGGUGAGCCAGGUUUGGUUAUCGGACCUGAUGGAAACCUUCUGUCUCUGGAGGGGCUUACAGGUCUGAAGGUGAGUCAAGUAAACUGCUGUCUGUGUCCUGCUUAUUCAAACUGUUUGCUCUCUUUGUUGUAGAGUAAUCAAUGUCCUUUUUACCAUGUCUGUAGGGAGAGAGGGGAUCUCCUGGACCUGUUGGACCCCCGGUGAGUGUUUAAGUAUUUAUCUGUGCCUUUAAAAAAUAAAAAGUAUAUGUGUUACUCCUUCCAGUCUACUUUCCCUUCAUUUCUAACAGUCUUUUAUUUCAUGAUGUCAUGUUUCAGGGUCAGUACGGACCUCAUGGACCUAAGGGUGAAAUUGGAAUGCCUGGAAGACCUGUGAGUACCCUUCCCCGGGUUUUAAGUUGGUUUAUCUUUAUGAAAGAUAGGGAUGCAACAAUACAGUUUGCCUGUGUUUCAAUAAAAACCUAAUGUGUUUACAAACUGAACACAGAGGCUAUAUGAAGUACGUGUUACUGUAAGUGUAUGGCUUGAUUUCAUGGCUUAAGUACCGUAAAAUUACAGCUUAAAAUAAUUUUUUAUAAACUUAGUUUAGCCUUUUAAAAUUUUUUUUACCAAGAAUAUUGCUGUGUCAAAACUACCAAAAGGGCAUCACCUUUCAGCCCAUAUAAAGCUGGUAAUCCAGCCAGGUUAAAAGAAAAAAAACAACUUGACGCUGAAAAUAAACAGAUCAGCUGUUACUCUCAAAUCUGGCGUUGUAAGACAAACCUCAACCUUUUCUAGCAACAAGUUUCCUACCGUUUUGUUUCAUCCAGGUCAAAUGCUCUGUUCUUUAUUCUACCGUUCUCUCUGUCUAUUGUGGUCCCACAUGUAUACACACUAUUGUCAGUGACUCUAAGGCAUGCACACACAAACAGAGCCACUUCAGAGAGAAAUAUAAUACAUGGAAGUGAGUAACAGAAAAACUGAAAGCUCAUUUUGUACCAAAUGGUUAAUUAUUAUACAGAGAAUUGUUGCAUUCCUGAUUUAAAUACCCAGUUAGCCAGAGAUUCAAUUUGCUGAGGUAUUUUAUUCAUAUUGAUUGGUAUGAUCAGGUGAAUAUUAAUCAAUGGCUUUCUCCCCACAGGGACGCCCAGGUGUAAAUGGAUAUAAGGGUGAGAAAGGAGAACCAGGAGGUGGUUCUGGCUUUGGCUACCCAGUAAGUGUUGCUUUUCUUCUAACCAAAUCUUGUGAUGAUAAGCUGAUGUGACAUUGGUGGAAUUUAAAACAGACAGUUUGACAUAAUCUCGCUCACUCUGAAACCCCCGAGCCAUGCCAGCGUGUCAUGAACAGCCUCAAAUGUCGCAAUAAGAUUUAAAUGUGACCCGUCUGUGACCUGAAUUCUGUCAAACAGAGGUGUUUAAGGCUAGCCUGCCUGCCAGAGGUGGCAUUUGAGCGAGAGAGAGACGCACACACUAAGUGAAGAGCAAGAAUGAGGAUUGGCUUGAUAGGUUAGUUAGCUUGUUAGCUGAUUCAUUGAAAUAUUCCUAAUAUGAGGGAGAUAUCCCAGUGGCAUUGUCACAACAUGGUUUAUUUGCAGAGGAUUUGAUGUCAUAAUGGCCAGAAUCCUCCUCCAAUCAGUCAAAACGAGAGACAACCUUUCAGUAGAUUCAAUGAAAUACAGAGAAUAUUUGAUUGACACUGCCUGUGCUUGCUUGUGAUAUCACGUGGUAUCAUGUGGUAUUGUAUUCUAUAUCUAUUAAAUCAAAUACUGCUAAAUACUACGGACUGCACCUAUUAUAAAAUAGCCUUCGCAUCAGCUUCUCUGCCCUGAGUGUAUUGCUGCGUUCGAGUUUCCUCGAAAGUCAGAAGUCUGAGCUGAAAAUGACGUCACACCCGAUUUACCAGCGUUUCAGUUACCAAGUCGGAAAAAAGUAAAAUCAAAGGAGGAAACAAGAUGGCUACAUCUAUGAAAGUUAUUCUAGCGCUUACCUUGUCCAAAUAUAACAAGGACAAGGCAAGCACUAAGAUAACUUUCAUAGAUGUCGCCAUCUUUUUUCCGCCUCCGAUUUUGCUUUAUUCCGAUUUGGUAACUCAGUAACUAUGGUGUGACAUCAUUUUCAGUUUCGGCAUCUGACUUCUGAGGUAACUCGAACGCAGCAUAUGUCUUGUCAGAGAAACAUUAUAUGCCCACUAGAUCUUUCUUAUUCUAAAACAUGAGCUCCUUUAAAUAUGAACUUAAGGGCAAGACCGAUAACCUUUGUCUUUAUCAGGGAGUCCCUGGCCCACCAGGACCACCUGGACCCCCCGGACCUUCUGGAUCAGCUCUGGACCGCUUCAAUGUGAGUACACAAGAUCCCAGACCUCUAACUUUGAGCUCAAUCUUUAUAAGUUUUAUGUAAAACUUUGCAAAAUGAGAGGAAUAUAGACAAAUUUUAUGACCUUUCUGUACCCUCCACCUGAACCUGAUAAUUCUGGUGUCAUUAGGGCGGAGGACUAAUCAUAAUCUGGUUCUUAUGGUCUGCAGAUUUUGCAUAAUGUACCCCAAACUUUUCCUCUGCUGUUUCCAGUGUCUUGAAGACCUUAAAGUGACGGUUGUUUUUUUCUCGUUUUGCAGCGCUAUGAUGACAAUUCAAGGAACUACUACGGUAUGACCUCCAUCACACACACCGUUUGUUGUUUGAGCAGAUAAAACAUUACUCCAGGAGAUAGAGGGGGAUCAAAACGGAGAAGUUAAAUAAUCACGCCAGUUAAGGAAGAGAGAUUUAGAGAGAGGUUUAAAGUGUCUGCAGAGAUGAAGACUUCUAUCUUAAUUUCAGUUUGAUCCAGCUGCCUCAGCCUGAAGAGGAUAUUCACUCUAUUGUCAAGAGAUUAAGCUGUCAAGCCUUUCUAGAUUAGAAGAAUGAACUGAUAAAACACAGAAGACAUCACGAUCAAUGACACAGGCUGCCAACAGCUCUGCAGUCUCAAUGUCAAGUUACACCUGAGGACUAAUGUGAAUUUUAUAUUUGAUGCAGAAACUAAAGGGGAGAAAGGAGAGCGAGGCGACAGAGGACUUCCAGGAGUCCCAGGUAUAUCCAAACAUCCAUAGAUUACAACAUUUUUACGCAAAUAUUAACUGCCUUUGGGACUGUUUAUAAAUAAAAAAUGUCACUUUUUUAUGUUUCAGGAACAGCGUCUAACUUUGAUAUUUACGCACUCAAGGUAAACCAGCCGACUGCUUCACUGUCUGACUGUUACAUCCCUGUCCUGAAUGAACCGACUAAAAAUGUUGAUAUCUCUGAAUACUUUCCUGCAGAAUGAGCUGAAAGGAGACCGUGGAGACACUGGUGUGAAGGGAGAGAAGGGAGAGCCAGGUGGUGGAUAUUAUGACCCACGUUUUGGAGGAGCCCAGGGUGAACCAGGGUCUCCAGGAAAACCAGGCCUCCCCGUGAGUUCUUCGUGUUGAUUUCGAUCAUCAAAUCUUCAGCCAUGACUUUUGAACUUCAUAAAUAUGAGAUGCCUAACUGCUGAAUUUUUUUCUCUGUCGUGUCAGGGGCCAAAGGGAGAGACUGUCGUUGGUCCUCCUGGACCUCAGGGGCCACCAGGAUCUCCAGGUAUUGGUUAUGAUGGCCGUCAAGGACCUCCAGGACCACCUGGACCCCCAGGACCUCCAGGGUUUUCCCUGCUCCCUGGAGCAUACAGGCCCAAUCACCGUAGGUCACUUCUCCUAUGUUAAACUAUUCUCGAUAGUCCUUAACUGGACUCUCUCAAACAGAACUCAAAUCAUUUAAAAGCUUUUAUUUUUGUUCAAAGCUGUCAGUGUUCCUGGACCUCCUGGUCCUCCUGGUCCACCUGGAAGUCCUGGUCAAUCCUCUGGAGUAAGUGCCUCAUCAAAUAGGAGUGUAAAUAAUUUCUUUACAUACUUCAGUACUGAGCUUGAAGUAAUUCUGGUGUUUACGUCGCCUUCAGGUUACAGUCCUGAGAUCGUAUGACACCAUGAUUGCCACUGCCAGGCGUCAGACGGAGGGCAGCCUCAUCUACAUCAUUGACAGAGCAGAUCUGUAUCUGAGAGUGCGAGACGGACUGCGGCAAGUCAUGGUACGAUUCUUUAUUUCCAACUUGAAAUUUGCUUUAAAUGGAGGCUACUGCUGCGGUUUAGUCGUCCGUGUUACUGAACAGCUUCUUUGUCUUCUUUCAGCUGGGAGAGUACAGUCCUUUCUUCAGAGAUCUGGUGAGUUUAACUGUUUUUAUCGUAUUUUCAUGUUCACUGGUUUGAUUGAACGGUUGUAACCUGUCGGGUUUUUAUUCUGCAGGAGAACGAGGUGGCUGAAGUCCAGCCUCCACCCGUGAUCCAGUACCCCCAGUCCCAUGACCAGUCACAAAGCAACGGAGCUGGCCAUUACUCCCAAGGUGGUUCUUCCGUACACCCUAUCGAGCCUCCACCACGACCUCCUGUAGAGCCCAGAUACCCUCCACAGUAUGAUCCCAGAUUCCCAGACCCCAGACACACGGGUCAGACAGACGGACGGACAACACACACGGACAACAGAUACGCUGUCACGCCUCAGAGACGUCCCAGUCCACCAGUACCUCAGCCUGCAGGCAACCCGGACAGACAAGGAUCAGGAGUGAGUACAGUUUAGUUUGAACUUUAAGAACAUUUUAGGCUUUCACAUUAAACUACUGACUCUUUAAUUCAACCAGCACACAUUCCGCAGAGUUUGCUUCCUAACCUGAACCUGCGUCUCCCUCACCAGCUCCGCCUCAUCGCCCUGAACGCCCCUCAGAGCGGAAACAUGCGAGGAAUCCGUGGAGCGGACUUCCUGUGCUUCCAACAGGCCCGCGCCAUCGGUCUGAAGGGAACCUUUAGAGCUUUCCUGUCCUCCAAACUUCAAGACCUCUACACCAUCGUCCGCAGGUCGGACAGGGACAGCUUCCCGAUCGUUAACCUAAAGGUAAUACUCGGUGUGUUUCUGCGCACUGUGCCUUUAAGAUAAAAACAAGGGUUUAUUGUCUCAACCUGAGCGAGGGUGACCCUAGCAACCUGAACAAUGAAUCAGAGGGAGUGGAAACAAACCACCUUAUCAGGGAAAUAUGUUGUCUUUUCUCUCUGGUUGUUUGGAGGUUGUCUUGCUCCAAGGACAAAGCAGAAGUGUAUGGAUUUGUCUGAAAAAAUGAUUCACUCUGCCCGUGAUUACUGCUAUUAUUCAGUCAUUUUUUAAAAUAUCAACACUGCUAUUAAUAAGGCAAAAAAAAAAAAAAAAAUCUGUUCUGCUUUUUUUUCUGUUUUUAUUCGACUCAUCCCCAAAGUGAAAUUUUCACUCUACUUUCACUCUACUUUGCAGGACCAAGUGUUGUUCAGCAGCUGGGAGUCUAUCUUCGGUGACGAUGCGAGCAAAAUGAGGGAGGGCGUACCGAUCUACUCCUUCGAUGGUAGAGACAUCCUCAGGGACAGUGCAUGGUGAGUUUUCACACGUGUACUAAUAUUUCACUGUGACUGCCGCCUUUAUUCUAUUGUUCACUUUAACCUAUAUCUGUGUACUCUGUUUGGCCCACGCUCUGCCCUGUAUAUAAAUCCUAACCUACUUUCUCGUUCUUCCCUCAGGCCAGAGAAAAUGGUCUGGCACGGAUCAAACAACAAGGGCCACCGUCAGACAGAUCACUACUGUGAAACAUGGCGGGCGGGCGAGCGCGCCGUGUCCGGCUUGGCGUCGUCGCUACAGAACGGACACCUCCUGCAGCAGACUUCUAGCAGCUGCUCUGGCUCUUACAUCGUCCUCUGCAUCGAGAACGCCUUCACAUCACCCUCCAAAAAAUAAACCCCCGUCUGCCCUUCCUCCUCCGUCUUCAUUCUGGGCCCUAGGUAAACACAGUUUUUAAUUCCCCGACAACACGCCUUGUGAACAUGUGGCGUCCAAUGAACUGGCCCUGAGGCUCUUUGCCUGGCAGAGACGCUUUGCAUCGUCUGCUCCUCCCCUCCACAAACGCCAAAGAGAUGGGUCGAACAGAGGGGUGUUGGUCCUUUUUCUCGGGGGCAUUGGCACAUAUUUUCUACAAGGGGUGGAAAACGAGCAGAGAGGCUGAGCGCGUUCUCAAAUUGUAUCCAUUUUUUUAAAAGAAAAAUUCUGUAUAUUACAUGUUUGUCAUUUGUGUUUUUAUUUUGGACUUUAUCAAUGUUUUACCUUUUUGAACUGUUUAUAAAACUGUUUUAUCCAUCCUGUUAUUUUUUUAAAUUUUAGGUAUUGAUCAUUUCCACUUUUUUUUUUAAUUUCAUUUUAGAGUUUGGGGUUUUGAUGGGGUACAGCAAACUUUUAAAGACUAUUUUUAAAAUUUAAAGAAAAUAAAAUAGGUAUUUAUUUUUAAAUGAAGUUAUGUAAGGACAUGAUUUGGGCAAUAAUAAAAAAAAAAAGCUACACACCCUCAUUUAUUUUUCUCACAAAAGAGCCUCUGAACAGAAACUGCGCCUGAUUACACAAACAGGACUGCUCACAAAACAAGCUCAUAUUUCCAUGCACUGCUACACUGCUCUGUAAACGCUACAGCGCAAAGUGCAUUUGGAUGCUUUCACUCGACACUACAUUUAAAUGACCUUUUCUUUGGACACCCACUGCUGUAAUGAAUAAUCCCAAAUCCAGAGGGUGAGACUCCCUCCCGCUGAAAUUGAGCCUUUGAAUAAAAUAAAUGAUUAUUUCCCCUUUUACCACUUAAUGAAAACCUAUCAGUGAGUGAGCUGGAAAUGAUUAGUUUGCUGCUAAUCUUUGUUGGAGUGAUUGCUGUCACGAGUGUUAGGGACGGGGGAAAAAAAAACAGUAUGUCAAGGAAGCAGUUGUUUUUUGUUUUUUCUACGCAGCAGCAGCCUUGGAGUAAAUUUCAAGCACUAACUCGGGCUUAGUGGUGCUGAUACCUUGACUGAACCUGUGGAUAUCCAUUUUUAUAACAAACUGUGCUAUACUGUUCCUCCCAGGCACUGAAUAAACGUCUUUUUCAACUACCCUGAUGUGCUGUGCAUAAGCCUGUUCUAUCACUGACCUUGAUACGUCCACCUCAGCGGCUCUGACCUGCAGUUUUAUGACCUGCUCUGUGACACGUCCCUGGUGGCAUUGACUCCACCACAAAUCAGCGUCUCUAGUGGCAAUGAAACGUCUUAACAGACCCUGACCAUAAAUCGAAUAUUAACCUUGACAGCUAAUGUAUAUUUGUAAAUUAAUUCAACAAAAUCAUAACUCUAAGACUGAUUAUUAGCCGGCGUGCCCAUGCCGCGCAUCAGUGAUGUUAACUGGGUGAUCUUACUCAACAUUACAACCAUAAUAAAGGGAACCACCAUUGUCUUAUUAGCACUAAAGGUAAAUUACUGUUGAUGGAAUAUAGUGCCCACUAAUUAUACACGAGUACAUCGGCCCUGAAUUGCCUGGAUGUGUUAUCAUAAAUACAAGCUGGUCUAUAAAGGGAGUUUUACAGAGAGCUGAAUUAGGUCAGCGAUCACUUAUGAAAUCCUCUUAAAUCUCUUCUUUAAAGUUGGGAGGCGUUUUAAGAUAAUAUUUGAUAAAAGAAGAUUAAUUUGAAUUAAAGAGAGUUGGCCUCGUUUGGUGUUUAACUUGAAAAUGAAAUCUUCAUAUGAGAGCUCAGGUAGUGUUGGUGGAUGGUCGAUCAGAAAUACUCCUCUGCCUGCAGAUAAUGUCAGAACGCCCUCGCCACGUGCCGCAGCUACUUUACUGUAUAUGAUUAUAUAAUAGGAUAAAUCACAGCAAUAAUACGGGUGAGCAGAAGGGCCAGAUAACACAAUGUAGUAUUUACCUCUGAUGUAUUUAAAGACGGUCAUGGUGGGGUCAAUUACAGUCGGAAAGACUAUCUGCAUCUUGGUGUAGUUAAUGUGUUUAUAAAAAUGUACUGCAGCCUCAAUGUUGGUAAUAGUUACAUACCUCUAGUGUGCAAGACACAAGCACAAAUCAGUGAGAAUUACACAAGACAAAACCACCUCUCUUUUCUUCUACUUCAUCCUCUAACUAGGGCCCGACCGAUAUGGAUUUUUUGGGGCCGAUGCCAAUUAUUCGGGGGGAAAAAUCCGAUUAUCGAUUAAUCGGACGAUUUUUAAAAUUUUUUAUGAAGUUUAAAUUUGGUUAAUUUAAGUAACAUAUCUACAUAUUUACUUAUAUUUUUAACAAAUGGCUGUUUUUGAGCUUUUCAAACAUUUCUUCAAAGAAUUAAAUGCAGAAAACUCAUUUCAAAUCCUUUUUAUUGCUAAAAACAACUGAAAAAGAAUAAUGGGGUAUUUUGUGUAAAGUGCAAACAGUUAAGUUAACUUCCAACUCAAAAUGACGAACACUCGAUAUACUGUAUUUAUCAUGAAUCAAACUCUUACCAGAAAAGCUGAUUACCAAUUAGUCUCAAACGGGCUAAAAUUGGCCGAUUUAAUCGACUCGCCAAUAAAUCGGUCAGGCGCUGCAAUGUACACAGCCCCUCAUUUAUACAAAAACUCCUGUGUUCCUAGUUCUGGUUCUGCUCUUUUAUGGAUGUACAUGUCUCAUUUGUAUUUAACAAAACUUAUUCAGGUGAAAAUGCACAAAUUUAAACAUACGUAUGGAUACGAUACUCCUGUCUGGUAGUCAAAAUUCACAUGUAUCCUUGCCAACUUCAUUACUAUCAUGAAACUAGGUCACAAAGCCCCAAAAACAACAUCCAACCACAUGGCAUCACUUCCAGAAGCGUUAGCAUUGAUAGUGUGAAUGUGAUUGGAAAAAAAGCCUCUGCAGGUAUGUAUUUUUCCCCUGGUGUACUCUUCCUUUAGCAGAGUCUAUACAAUCGUUUGAUCCGAAAGGUCCACUGGGUACAAACCGCAGAUCUGAGACUACCUCACACUCUACUUCCUGAAGGCAUUUCCAACAUCAGGAGGGAGACAGAUACAGGUUAUAUUUCAGCAAAUUAAAGCUGGAUUAAUUUCAUGAUUAUAUUUUGUAUUUGAUAUCCUGUAGUUUUAAGAGAACAAUGAGAGCAGCAGGUAUAAAAAGCUGCUGUUUCUGUAUUAAUAAGGCGUCUUGUCUCGAAGCUCGGUGCUGUGACUGUGGUGAAUCUGCACAUUAACAAGACUGAGUUUCCACAACAUGACUUUUCCUGUCCUGUUUAUUUUUACUCAUCCAAAUAACGAAAAUAGAGGGAAGUAAACAGGGAAUAUCAACAGUCACACAAAAAGACAGAAGCAGUGAAGUUUGGGGCUUAAAACUUUUUAAAAGUAUUGAGGAGCAAUGCAGGUUUUUGAGCUCCAGUUCAGCCUCGUGGACCAUAAAGUACAGAUUCAAAUAAACACCAAAUUAUCCCAAAC